CAGGAAGGCGCUGUUGUUAUGCUGUUCAAGAUCUGUCGACAAGACUGUUACAAGGGCCUGUAUCCAUCUGCCCUCAGGACCCUGGCCUCUGUGUGCUGCGUGGAGGAGGGGAUUUACCAACUGGAAAAGGUAUUGGGGGAACAGUUACAUCAUUGGUUUAAAUGAAGGAUGCAAUUACUGGGUCUCCAGAAUGAUGCCUCUACAAGCAGGAAGUGAAAAUGAGCAAUGGGCUAUGAGCAAGUUUGAUUUUCUCAAAAAAUUUUUAUUAUUUGUCAUUACCUGAAAUUGCUUCAGAUUUUGUAUAACUCCCCAGGCAUUACCUCUUUAUGACUGAACACACAUUAUGAGAUCUGUCUCACCCACCAAACAAUCACUGUAUUAGUCUGAACUCACAAAUCCCUUUAUCUAGAGCUUAAAUCUAGGGUCUCGUAAAGCGACACGGAAUUCUGACUGAUUAGUGAUAUUAGUCACUAGUGUUAUUAGGUAAACAUCUUAUUGUUCCUACAGAAAUUAGUUGAUACAAUCUCCCUAUGACAUUGAAUAGUAUGGAACGGAGAGCCUGGUAUUUAGAGAUUUCUACCAUGUCUCCUCACUCCCCUUUAGCGUACAUAUUAAUAUGCAUUAUGCUGUUUAUGUGACCAUGCAGUGUCCUAUCCUUGGAUACACCCCAGGAUUUUUAGUAAUUUGGGGUUCAUAAAAUCUGCACAAAUGUGAGAGCUAUCAGAAGAUUUGUUGUAACAGCCUCGAUGACAGUAGCUAGGCACAUAUUCUGACCUUGGAUGAAAUUAGCUUCAUGCUUUAAACAGUUAUGUUGCCAUUGUAAUCUUUUAUCAUAACAAUGCAUUAAGGAUUUAAAGUGCAUAAUUCUGUUACUUAAUGUUCUACAAAACACAUGGCUUUAAAAUAAGGAAGUCUAAGCUCAAGGCGAGGAAUAAAAUGGACAUCCACAGAGACAUCCAUUAACACCUCUUUCAGGUUCUAAAAGCUGUUAAAGGUCAAGAGCAUCAUUAUAACUUCGCCUCAAACAUGUAAAUAAAAUCUGUAUAUUUCAUUUUGUGAGGAACACAAACCAGUGUCACCCACCAGCUGCAUUAAUCCCCAUGUACUCACCAACCAAGCAAGACAAAACAUUGAAUUUAACUUUCCACAUUAAACUAACAAGAUGAAUCCAGACACAUUUAUAGAUUUGGAAAACUCAUCAAAUAAGACUCACAGCCAUAUGAACUCAGGAGGAACCUUAAUUCCUUUGACCUCCAGCAGCUGUCAGCUGAUAUUGAUUCACUACUGCUAUCCAUUGCCUCCCUCUCCUGUCCCUCACUGGCCAUCUCCACAUAUAACACUACCCUCACCUCAGCCUUGAACGCUACAGCCCCGCUCCAAACAUGUAUCUCGAGGAGGACACACCCCCAACCAUGGCAUACUAAAUCAACACGCUACCUGCAUUGAUACUCCCAUUGUGCUGAACGCUCCUGGAGGAAGUCUCAUACCCAUCUCCAUUAUAGAUUCAUAUUGUGUUCAUACAGCACAGCCCUUGCCUUCGCCAAACAGUCAUACUUUUCCUCUCAUUAGUUCAUGCUCCCGCAAUCCCUGGCAUCUCUUUGACACCUUUAACUUUCUUCUUUGCCCUGCUGUGACCACCCCCCAAACUAACCUUACAGCCGAUAACUUUGCAUGCUACUUUACCGACAAGAUUGAACAGCUAAGGAAAGAAUUCUCUCCACCUUGCCGUUCUCUUUCUUAACCACACGUAGAGCAUGCCUUUCCUACCCUUCAGACUUUCUCUUCAGCUACUGAACAAGAGGUGGCUGCACUUCUCCUUUCCUCUUGCCCCACCUCUUGCCCGCUCGAUCCUUUCCCAUCUCAUCUUAUCAGAUCUCUCUCCCCUUGGCUUGUGCCUUCCUUAACAAACAUCUUCAACUGCUCUCUCUCGUCUGGCGUUGUCCCUGCUGACCUUAAACAUGCCAUUGUAGUACCCAUCCUGAAAAAAACAUCUCUUGACCCUUCCUUCCUCUUUAACUAUAGUCCGAUAUCCCUGCUCCAUUUUUCCUCAAAGCUUCUGGAAAGACUUGUCUUUACCCGUAUGUCUCACUUUCUCAAUUCCAACUCUCUCCUUGUCCCUCUUCAAUCUGGCUUCCGCCCUCUCCACUCUACUGAGACUGCUCUUAUCAAAGUUACUAAUGACCUAAUCGCAGCUAAAUCCAAAGGCCACUAGUCCAUACUAAUUCUUCGUGACCUCUCUGCUGCCUUUGACACAGUUGAUCAUGCUCUCCUUCUUCAAACUUUUCAAUCACUUGGUCUCUGUGACUUUGUCCUCUCGUGGUUUUCCUCUUAUUUCUCCCAAUACUCAUUCAGUGUCUCCUUUUCUAAUAAUACCUUGGUCUUCCCAAAAGCCGUAUUGCCCCACCACAGUCUGUAAUGAAUGCUGCCGACAGACUGAUUUUCCUCUCUAGUCAGUCCUCUCACAGUCCUCACAUUGGCUUCCUCUAUCCUAUAGGAGUCAAUUCAAAGUGCUAACCCAUACAUAUAAAGCACUGAACAAUUCUAUCCCCUCUUAUAUUUCCUCACAGAUCCAUAGGUAUGCCCCUUCUUGGUCUCUCCGCUCUGCCUGUGGCCUUCUCCUGUCCGCUGCUCGCACCCAUAGGGCCAACUCACGCCUGCAGGACCUCUCAUGGGAGGCUCCCUUCCUAUGGAAUAGCCUGCCUGCCGCCAUCAGACUCUCCCCUAGUCUUCCAUUAUUUAAGAAGUACCUUAAAACCCAUCUCUUUAGGAAUGCUUAUGGCCUCUCAGAGUAACCUCUACCUUACAUACCUGUUUCUUGCUCUCUCCUAAAGGGCAGCACUCUACUCUCUCCUCCCGCUCUGCUUCACUCCCACCCUAUUUGAUUGAUAUUCCUGUCCUAAUGUGUUUUAUACCCCACCUCCUAUAGACUGUAAGCUUGUUUGAGCAGGGCCCUCUUUAACCUAUCAUUCCUGUAAGUUUUCUUGUAAUUGUCCUAUUUAUAGUUAAAUCCCCCCUCUAAUAAUAUUGUAAAGUGCUACGGAAUCUGUUGGCGCUAUAUAAAUGGCAAUAAUAAUAAUAAUAAUAUAAUAUGCCAUUGUCAACAGUUUAUUAAAUAAAUGCAACCGCACUGGCUACAGUACCGCAUGUGUUUGCUGUGUUUUGCAGGGCAUGCACACUAACCUCCCAAUACUUUCCUAUGGGAAAGGAUUGGAUUGGCUAAGAUUAUCUGUGCAGUGAUGAGCGUGCCCUUUCUGGCAUCACAUGGGCAAAGGUCACCAAAAGGUCAGCCCACUUUUAUGCCUAUUUUAGCUCUUGUACUGUGUCUUGUCGUGGUUAUUUUACAGUUUUCUUUGAUCGAGACUUGUUUAUUGACUAUUCUCCAUUCUUUUGUCCCUCACCUUUGUCUUGUCUUAUCGUCUGUGUUACAUUCUGUUUCCCUGACCUGUCUUGUCUUGUACUUCUCAAUUUUGUGUUAAGUCCGGCCACUCUAAGGAAAUGUAAUAGGCCCUCAUUCUCCUUUCUAUAUUGACUUUAGUUGACAUCUAGGGUCUCAUAACGUGACACUGAGUUCAGAGUCAAUGCAGAGUCUCACAGCAAAUAUACUGAGUGCAGCUAGUGAGCCAUUUAACAAGACACCUGCAAUGGCUGCUUUUUAAAGAGUCCCCAUUAAUGCUUCUCCCAAAUGGAGAUAAGGCACAAUAUUCUGUUGUAAAAUCAAAUCUCAUAAAAAUGACAUAUUAUUUUUCGUUCUUCAUUCCAGUAAUAAGGAUUUACAAUGGUUCCUAACCGUUUACGUCCCGUUACUAUUUGUCUUCAAUGUAAAAAUGAACAAUAAGUCACAGUUACACUUUUACAAGUUUGCAAAUGUUAGAUUUACAGCAUCACUAUAAAUAUUCUAUCUCUUGGAUAGGAAGUAUGUAUAUAAAUGCAAUAUGUCAUGAAGCCAGGCUUGUCAAGGCACGGAUCUUAUGAAUUAGUUUAGCAAUUUCUACUCUAAGUGACUCACGAGCAUAAUCUGUAAUUAAAGAUUGAAUGGAUGUCAAGCGACCAGUUGUUAUAUUGACACAGGAAGGAAAAGACCAAUAUUUUGAGGCUAAUAGUUGUGUAUUUGUAAUUAAUAUUUAUUAAGCACAGUUGAGUAAAGUAACCUGCUAAUGUAAAGUAUUUUAUUUAUGUUUGUGACGUAUUGAAAUAAGUAACGGAUGUAUUAUUGAUUAGAAAUGCUUUGUGAUACAGAUUUAGAUGGAUACAAUUCCCAUUGAGAUGUUUUUUUCUUUGUGUUAAUUGUUGAAAAGGACCUACAGCUGGGUUUACCAAAGGUUAGAUGUGAGAUGGAGAAAUUGUAGUAAGAUGUCAAUUUACGACAGAGACAUGCAGGGAGACAGCCAAACUGUACGUUCUAUUUAACUAUGGCCUCAAUUCGAUAUUUUUGGAUACAAUUAAAAAAUUACUUAAUAUUAUAAAAAAAAUGUUUUUUUUUAUAUUCUGAGAGUUCUUUAAAUAUUUUUUAUUUUAUUUCUUUUUAUAUUUUAAUAUUUUGAAAAAAAUAUUUUAAAAGCUUUUUCCAAAUUAAUAAAUAAUAUUAAAGUGGCACUGUAACCCUAUAUUAAAAAUGAGUAUUUGAUAAAGAUUGUAUCUUUAUGAAAUACUCAUUAUGACUGUGUUAGAAUUUCACUGAAAUUUCAACCCAGUCAAGAGAUAUACAGAGGCAAAUUAGGAACUGUAUACUGACAUUUCCUGACACAAAGCCGAGCCUAUACGUCAAGUCCUGCAGCCGUUAUCGGUGAUGGCUGCAGGGUAUUGGCCUGGUCUAUAGAGGACACUGCGGUCUCCUUGUGGCCAGUGGUCUCUCACACAAAUAAGGGAUAAUCAUCUCCCUCCUCAAAGUAGUCACUGGAAUCAAAUUCCUAGCCAAGAUCUUUAUUUGAUAAAAUUAAUCCCUUUAUACAAUGAAUAUCCAGGUAAGAUAUCUGCAAUAUGAGGCGACGCAUGAACUUCCUCCAUUGUUUCCCGGCUGACCCAUGCCUUCCUCCCUUUGUGCUAUAUUGGCUUGUGUGCUUUAAUUCAUAUUAGUUUGGUAGAUCCAUGCACUUCUUCAAAUGGCUCCCUAGUUUAUUCACACCGUUGCAUGCCCUUACAUGCAUAUUAUUCUGCCCAGCGGGCACCUUGGGGCUUAGGACUCUUUUCAAAGUUACAAUGUGAGUGAAUCUUUGCAUGUCUGUGGAUAUGAAUGUCUGUGAAUAUGAAUAUCUGUAAUUUAUGAAUAUCUGUGAACGUGAAUGUCUGUGAAUAUGAGUGUCUGUGAAUCUGUGUGAAUGUAUGUGAAUGCAUGAAUAAGUGAAUGUGAGAAUCUAUUUGAUUAUAUGAAUGCAUGUGAAUGUUUGCAUGUGUGAAUGUGUAAAUCUAUGUGAAUGUGUCAAUUUCCAUGAAUGUCUAAAUGUAUUUGAACGUGUGAAUAUCUAUGAAUAUCUGAAUGUAUGUGAACUUGAAAUGUGUCAGUUAGCCUUUGGCUUAUCCUAUCCUGUGUAUUAGUAGAAUCGUAACUGUUUUGGGAACCUACAUCUUCUGGUAAAAAAACGGUAAUGUUUUAAAGGCCCGGUUACAGGGGUAUGUAGUUCAGGGUGGGUGCGUAAAAAAAUGUGUACCUUCUAAAUGAAGUGCUUGGUAUGUGUUUUGUCAUUUACAUCACUAUGAGUUUCCAGAUCUCCUUUCAUGGCUCCAUUUUAAUAGUCUCCAUGGAACAUCAGGAAUUAACGUGUAGGGAUAUGUUUUAUAGAGACAUUCUGAGAAUAACUAGCUUUUCGGUUUUUUUUUUUUGUUUGUUGGCAAUAGACAAGUCUGUGAGCAUGAAUCAUUCUUCCGAUCAGAGAGCAGUCGGUAUAGGAAACUUCUCCUCUCAGAAAGUGUUCUCUAUCAUUCCAAAGAUAAUUCAUCCACACUUCUAAUUGCCAGACAAAUAAACCCGCAGGUGGGCAUUCGUGAUUUGCUGCUGUAAGUAGAACAACCUUAAGGACUUCCUGGCGACUAUUGUGGGUGAAGGAUAUUAAAAAAUAAAAGUAGCUGAUGUUUUAAUUUGCUUGGCUCAUAUUCCAGAUCCUUCGUCUAUUAAUACGUUGCUCCUGGGUACCUGGCACUGGCCCUGUAUUAUUAAAGAAUAAAGAUGCAUCACUCGCACUCUGUGUACAUAUUUGCUCAUGUCGUUGAAUGUAUGUUCUGUUUAAUGCUGUUUUACAGGUUACUGCUAAGGUUAACUCUUUCCAUGCAUUUGUGUUUUAUGUAGUUGUCACGGUGACAUGUCCUCUGGGUUGUAGGGAUUAAUUGGUGUAAUUAGAUUGUUUGUCCUGUUAGCGCCGCUUUGUAUUUGCUUUUUUGAGGGGGGAGGGGGGCAACUUAAGAGAGAGAGAUAAAUCCCCCAGAACAGCCGGUAUAUAGAAUAAAAAAAAUAAUUUCAAAGAAUGCCGAAUGGAUGUGAAUGACGAUUACACAAAUAGAAAUUUCCUAAAAAUUACCAAAUUUGUAAUUUUAGUCAAUUAACAGAAACCUAAGUGUGAAAACAAGAACAUUUCUGUAAUUGAGUGGUUUACUUACUCUUGAGUUACAAAUUUACAUUGUUAUUUAUUUAUUUAUUAUUAUUUUUUUUGGUCUACACAACAUUAAUUAGAGUGCACCAAGUUUAUAGUUAUUGAUAUGUUGAUAGUUUAUCAUGUAUUGCAUUCUGUGUGCAUUUUUCGUCCAAUCAUGUGGCCAGUAUCACUGUGACAUUAAAAAAAUGAUGUUCUCUUAAACUUCUAUUAAAUUCAUUAUAUUGACAAUUUCUGUGAAGGAGUGAGUGUGUGAGUGUAUUUGUGAAUGUAUGUGACAGAGAGAGAAACGUGUGUGUGUGUGUGUGAACAGUGCCUUUCUCUAUGGAAUGUAUGAUUGUAUGACUUGGAUAACGUGAUAACUUUAAUUGUGUAACAAGUUACAUAAAUAAAUUAGAUAUUCUGACACAAAUGCCCACUCACACUUGUCAUUGAUUUCCUUAGUUGGUUCUGCUGACAAUAAUGAUCUAAAUGUUCUUUAGAGGGCAAAAAAACAAAAUAAUAUCAAACAAUAAAUUGUUUAUUGCUCUUAAAUGUUUCGUACACAAGAACAGUUAAUCUUUGGACCAAUUCCAUGCUGUACUAUUCUCUGUGAUCUCAGAACGUUCUGAACCUGCCAUGUUAAACAAAAAAAUGGAAAAAAAGAGAAAACCAUUUGUACUUAGUGAAUACUGUCUAACGUCGUACGGCUAAUUAUGCCGCCACUUCUGUGUAUUAAGCAGUUUUUCUUCUCGUCCAAGUAAAUAAUGUUCCCAAUUGUUUUUCUCUAAUAUGAAGGUUCAGGGAGGGCAGCACAGUCUGAUUUUUCAGAAGCAGCACAGACAAAAAACGUAUUGGUCGCGUUUACUAAGAAUCAUUUCUCAAAAAGGAGCCUUUCCAGAUCAGCUUUUUAGCCAAGCAAAUGUAUUUUAGGAGUGAGUUCAUGGCUCCUAAACUGAUUUACUAGGCUGCACCUCUCAACGAGGGCCCUUCUAAUUAAUUGGCUGUGGAAAAGUGCUAGAUUUGGUAAAUUACACCUCAGUUGGAGCCAUGUGAAGAUUCAUUAAAUCAAAACUGCAAGAUCUGCCCCUUAAUCAUUCCUCGCGCCCCCUGCUUUAAUACAGCUCUGUUCUGUGCGUUCUGCAUUACCAUCUGAAAAUUACACCCUAUAAAACAUGUACAUCUAAGCAAUUAUUUUCAAUAUGCAUUUAUGCAUUGAAUCAAAUUUACCUUCAAAUACAAACGGUGGUCUCUAAAUAUAGCAGGAAGUCAUUGAAAGGUUUUUCAUGUGAUUUUUAUUUUAAUGGGACAAAUAAAUAAAUAAACAAAUAAAUAAAUGUGUAUUUUUUGUGUCUUCAUAAUCAAUCAAAUGUUUUAGAUAUAUUUAGCGAUGAUAAAAAAUGGAUGGACAAAAACAAGUUUCGACGAACAUGCCGACAUACUCUUUAGUAGAUAUGGUAAGGAAUUAAUUUUAUUAGAUUGCUUGGCUAGAGUGUAUCCUGCAACUUCCAACCUCAGAGAUGGGCAACUCAUUGAUCUGACUGGACAUUGAUUGGGGAAACUUCUCUUGUAGGGGUUCUUCUCAUAUGGAGAGAAUUUGUCACAAUAUCUUACCUUUCUCUCACAGACCCGCGAGGUGUAGCACUGGGUGCCGACUCCUCCCGGCGAUGGCACGGCAUGUCGGACACCGGACGCUCUACGCACACCUCCUUUUAUGAUGAAGUGCAUGUGCGCCGACGUCAUAGCGGCUAUGCUGUGAAAAUGCUAAAUAUUCCACUCUCCCUGAGCAUUAAAGCAAAAGACGCUCCACUAUAAAAUAGUGCCUUUUGUUUUUGUUCAUAGCCCUAAUGUGUUGUUCCCUCUAGUGCUAUCCUAUUAUCUGUCUGUGUAUCUUGGUAUUUUGACUCGGCUUGUGUUUAUUGACUAUUCUUCGUUCUGGUAUCCUGACCCGGCCUGUUUUCUCAUUUAUCCUGUUUUCUGGUUCCCUGACUUGGCUAUUCCUUAUCGUUAUCCUUGACUUUGGCUAUUCUUGGACUAUUCUACCUACUUUAAACCCGGCCAUUCUAAGGUCCGGUAAUACGUUUUCUGUUUGGGUCACUUGUUGUGACAGGAUUCCUGAGAAGAAAAUACUGCAUUUUAUUUUUAUGUGACAUAAUUCCACAGACGUUUAUCACUUUUCUUUCCCAAAGCUAUGUCUAAUGUUCUAUGUGUUUAGAAACUUAGAAACAUAGAAUGGGACGGUAGAUAAGAACCAUUUCGGCCCAUCUAGUCUGCCCAAUUUUCUAAAUACUCUGAUAAGUCCCUGGGCUUAUCUUAUAGUUAGGAUAGCCUUAUGAAUAUCCCACAUAUGCCUAAACUCCUUCACUGUGUUAACCUCUACCACUUCAGUAAAGUAAUACUUCCUGAUAUUAUUUUUAAACCUUUGCCCCUCUAAUUUAAGACUAUGUCCUCUUGUUGUGGCAGUUAUUCUUCUUUUAAAUAUAGUCUCCUCCUUUACUGUGUUGAUUCCCUUUAUGUAUUUAAGUGUUUCUUUUAGUUUCCACAGUCUGUACAGUGUAUAGAAAUAUAACUGGACUCCACUUAACCUGAAGUUCAUCUGCUGAAGGGACAAUAGAAAUCUGAAAGUUUUUAAUAAAUCUACUUUUUGUUGGACAAUAAAGGUACAAUUUUUCUGCCUUGUUUUAUUUUUCCUCAAAGACAUUCUUCCUGAUCUAUUAUUACUUGUAACUCCACAUGUGGCCACAUGGGGGAUAUAACAGUUUUAUAAUAAAAAUUACAAGCCUGGCUGAGUAUUACUAAAUCCCCCUGUGGCCACAUGUAGCCACAGAGAUUAAAAUGUUUUUGUUGGGCUUAGCUUUUGCCAUUGGGUUUAUUGGCAUACUUUUUACAAAUAAAAUAUUGUGUUGCUGGUCUUAUAUUGGUCAUUUGAUAUUUUGGAGUCAGGUAUAAAAUCUUUGUAGUUUUCCCCCUCCCCUCCUUCCCCCCCUUCCCCCACUCCCUGUUGUUGAUUUCCUUUCUGCUCCCUCUUGCCUUUCUGAAUGUACCUUCCUUCAUUGCUGGUAUGAUAACUCUACUGGUGCAAACAUUCAAAGUUUGAAGGUUCAGAUCCUGGUGGUUCCACAGAUCCUUUUGUUCUUCUGAGCUUAAUGAAAUGAGUAAGUGAUCUUACGUGUCAAAAUACUGCAAUCAAUAUAAUUCCCAAGAAAAAGUUAGUGAGGUGACAAUAUUUUCCUCUUAAUUUUGAUUAUUUUUUUGUCAGGUGGGAUGGGGUGGUUUAAGGUCUAUAGAGCUGCUGGGAUCACAGGAACUCAGCGGAGACUGACAUUGCCCUGUCUAUCAAAACCAGAUAUAAUUUAGGGUUUGUAACCAGUGAAUUGUAACCGUUUAACUUGGUGAAUGAAUUAAAGCAUAUUCUGGUGAGCAACUGACAUGGACUAUUAAAAAUAUUAGAAGAACUUUAUUAUAGCUUUAUGUCUUCAAAAAAUGAUGUGUGUUGAUUUUGUUUUGCUUGUGUACAAUUCGGGAUUAUUCUAACCUUAGUGACCGAAUAAUCUUAAUUUUAUUAAAGACAGGAGGCAAAUAUUUGCUUUACUUUCUUUACUGUUACUCCCAGCAGCAAAAAAACAGUUAACAGUAAGUAGAAAUUUUUUUUAACCAAUCAGAGUGUACAAUAGAUUAUGUCCAGUCAUCAGGCUCCUCCCAAUUCCUCUUUCGUGAUGCAGCCGACCGCCGCAGAGUCAACCAUGUAAACGGUGAAACAAUAAAGGUCUCAAUUGUAGUCAACCAUGUAAACGAUGUGGGAACAUAGGUAAUUCCUUGAGAUGUAGUGAAGGGUUCUUACACUAGGAAAAAAGAGAGAGAGAGGUCGUGAAAGUAUGGUUUCUUAGGUAAUGGAAAAACAAUACCUAAUUACGUUAUCUGAUAUGUUUCCAACAAGUUGUACAGUCCUAUUCUGACAAGUCUUAAAUUAUGAGGUAGUGAGUGUAGUAUCCGUAGUAGUUGUAGGAGAGGCCUGAAGCGUAGGUUAUGAAACAUUGGUUUAGUCGGUAGAGGUGUUGUGGAAUACUUACCUAGUUGGGUUGGGUGUGUGUAUUAGCGGGUGGGAAAAUAUUCGCCUCCUGUCUUUAAUAAAAUUUAGAUUAUUCGGUCACUAAGGUUAGAAUAAUCCCAAAUUUUAUGGCAAGACAGGAGGCUUCAUAUUUGCUGUUUUAAAGCCAUGAUAUGAUGGCAUUAGAUACAUGAGGGGGUUGUCUAAAAUAAAAGGUUCGGAAGGUGGAUUCUCUAGACCAAUCUACGGAAGUGAGGAUCUCCGUUAGGGAGCCCCCAGAUGUAAAUGCAGACGAGGCGGCCGCGCCUUGGACUGAGUGAGCACCAAAACAUGGGUUGAUACCAGCUAGGACUAGAAGCCAUUUGAUCCAACAAGCAAUCGUGGGACAUGACACUGGCUUGUGAGGUCGAACGUAGGAUACCAGUAGGGGUCCCGUUCGUGGUCUAAGAUCCUUGGUGUGGAGGGUGUAGUGUCUGAAGCAACUAGCUAAAUAAGGCUAGUCGCGAAAAUAAGGCUAGCUUACUGUAGAUGAAUUGGUUUUGGUGCGUUGGGUAAUGGAGAAGUGCACUCCCUCAGGGGUAAAGUCCACCGCAUGGACAUCAAACGCUCUGAUGUCCAAAACUCUUCUAAACGAUACCAAACAGAGCAGUAGUGCCAGUUUGGCCCACAGUUGUCGAAGAGAGAGUUCUCCAUUAGGAGGCCACUCCUCCAAAAAUGAUAAUACCAUAGUAACAUCCCAAAAUUGAUUAUAUUUGGGUGCCGGUGGUCUCGCAAGGCGCAUGCCUCGCAGAAGUCUACAUAUGGAAGGGUGUUUACCAACCGCGGAGUUAUCAACCAGGCUAUGGGCUGCCGAAAUGGCUGAACGGACAAUGUUAAUUGACCGAUAGGACUUACCCUGUUCGAAAAGUGACGCCAGGAAAUUCAUAAUGUUGAUCAGAGAAGUUGAAAAGGGAUCAGCGUCCCUCUCCAAGCACCAGCUAUUCCAGCAUUGCCACGCUGAGAGAUAAGAGCGUCUUGUGCCCGGGGCCCAAGAGUCCCAUAGUAGUCCUUGAGCAGUAGUCGAAAGGCCUGAGACAUUCCAGGAUUCCCUGAAAUGGUCCAGGCCACUAACCAAAGGUGGCCUUGUAGUGCUAGUGGAUGGAAAUUGCUUGAGGGGUCCCUGAGGACAUUGUAUGAGGUGGGUAGGAGUAGGGGGUAGUCCACUGACAUCUCCAGGUGAUACGGGAACCAAGGUUGAGUUCGCCACAGUGGGGCUACCAGAAUUAUGGUGACGCCCUGUGUUCUGAGGUAUUGGAUCGUGCGAGGAAUCAUGGAGAAUGGGGGAAAGGCAUACGCUCCGGAUGUUGGCCACGGUUGGAGAAAGGCGUCCACUGCCAGGCACGCUGGGUCUGGGAGCAAGCUGAAGAAUGAGUCCGUCUGACGAUUCAGGCGAGAUGCAAAUAGGUCCAGGUUGAAUGGUCCUCUCGGGAUCUGUAGAUGAUGAAAAAUUUGUGGAUCCAGUUGCCAAUCGCUGGAAUCCCUCCAGUGGCGUGAGAACCAAUCUGCGACGAGAUUGUCGGAGCUCGGGAGAUAUUCCGCACGAAGGGAGAUAUUCCUGUCCAGGCAUAAUUGGUACAAUUCCUUUGUCAGAUCUGAUAGCAUCUUUGAUUGUGGGCCACCUAGGCGGUUCACAUAUUGUACUGCUGCGACGUUGUCCAUCCGCAGGAUGAGGCUGCAGUUGUAUGCCUCCUUGGCAAAACUGCGGAUCACGAAAAAAAACCAGCGAUCAGUUUGAGGCAAUUGAUAUGUAGUGCCUGUUCUGAUGGGAACCAGAGGCCUCCAGUGGAACGUUCCGAGCAGGUGGCACCCCAUCCGAGGAGGCUGGUAUCCGAUUCCAGAAUGAAGUCGGGUUGCCGGCCGAAGAUAGCCCUUCCGUUCCAGGCUUCCAUAUGUUGAAGCCACCAGUGGAGUUCUAGUUGGACCUCGUCUGUAGAGAUGUCCCGAACAGUUCGCCGGCGGACAGUUCCCGGCGAACAUCGCAUGUUCGCGUUCGCCACGGCGGGCGAACAUAUGCGAUGUUCGGUCCGCCGCCUAUUCCAUAUCAUUGAGUUAUCCGAUUGUGCGGGCUAAAUCCCUGAGUCGGAGGUAAGGCGUUGUUAGUAAUCUCCGGAUGUCCUUUUUUAUGGAUUUGAUUUUCGUAACAGGCAGUUACAGGACUGCUUGAAUCGAAUCUAUCUGGAAUCCCAGAAACUGUAUCGUCUGAGAUGGGGUCAGGGAUGAUUUUUGGAGGUUGAUGAUGAAACCCAAAUUCUGGAGAAGGGCCGAAGUCAUCUCCGUAUGGAGAUGUAGAGUCUCUUUGUCUUGUGCCAUAAGGAGGAUAUCGUCCAAGUAUAUGAUGGACCGAAUUCCUUGUGAACGGAGGAGCGCCAUCACCGGUUUCAUUAGUUUGGUGAAACACCAAGGUGCGGAGCACAGUCCGAAGGGGAGGCAGGUGAACUGCCAUAGUGUCUCGUCCCAAUUGAAUUGGAGGAAAGUGCGAUGUUCUGGCGUGAUUGGUAUCGUAAGGUAUGUAUCUUUGAGGUCGAAACGGGAAAACCAAUCUCCCUUGCAGAGGAGGUCCCGUAAUAGGUGGAUGCCUUCCAUCUUGAAGUUUCUGUAUCUGAUGAAUUUGUUCAGUUCUCUCAGAUUGAUGACUGGUCGGAAUUCUCCCGACUUUUUCUUGACGAAAAACAUAUUGCUCACGAAACCUCGUUGGGUGAGGGCCCGUUCGAUGGCACCCUUGUUGACUAGGUCGUUGAGUUCGGCUUGAAGGGCCAUGUCAUCUAUUUGAGACAUUUUGAGAGGGGCAGGCAAGGAUACCUGAAUUGGAUCCUCUGUAAAGUCUAAGUGGAAGCCGGAGACGGUCUGAAGGAUCCACGGAUCCUGCGUGAGUUGGUACCACUUUUGGGAAAAAUUUAUUAAUCGGCCUGCUAUAGGUACAUGAGAAGAAUGAGAGUCCCUUACCUGUAGGAGUGCGACCGCGGAGGGAAGCAGAUCCACGUCCUCUAAUGGCUCCACGAGAGGGGAAGAACUGCUUGUGGUGGAAACGGGUAUUGCCCGAGUUCCAAUGUUCGGAAGGUCGAGGCCUAUAGCCUGUAGAGGCAGCUCUGCCAGCCGUCCGGCCUCUGUAAUGGCUGGCUCUCCCAGAAAAACGUUGGGACCUAAAUACCUUGCGUAAUGAAGAUUGUGCUUUUGUAAGCGUAGUAAACACAGCCACGUGUUUACUUAAUUCUUUAAUAAAUUUGUCUCCAAAAAGCAUACAUUGUGCCUCAGGGCCAAGCUCUUUAGUGCCUAAUUCGGCAAGCUUUGAGUUGAUCUUAUAUAAAGCAGCUUUCCGCCUUUCGGUUGACAUAGCAACAUUCGCGUUGCCUAGUAGGCAUAAUGCCCUCUGUGCCCAUUCUCACACCAUGUGUGCGUCUAGAGUGCCACCUGCCAAAGCCUCAUCUGCAAUAGUGAAAAUCUGGAUAAGCGGUCCCGCCAUAUCCAUCAUUUUAUCUUGCGUGGCCUUCAGGCCUUGUUCCAAACCCUUACGGGGGUCUUUUCCUGUCUUGUACAGGAAAGUGACGAGUAAGGGAUCGAAUUCUGGGGUAACCGCCACCUUGUCUGGGAUUACAGGUCAUGGGCAUUCUGCCCUUAAUUUAGCUCUGACCUCUUUUUCCAAAGGUUUACGGAGCCACAUCCUACAAAACUUAGCUAUGUGGUCUGGGGGGCUCCACUCUGCAGACCGUGGGUGUUUGAUAUACCUAGGGUCGAACAGGGGGCGGCCAGAGGUAUCUAGUAAAAUAUCCUCAGAUAUGUUUUGGUUAGGGUCAGAGGUUAGGAACUCAUUUUGGUGGGGUUCAUGUGAGGGGAGGUCCUCGUCUGAAUACCCUGCAGAGUAUUCAUCCAGUACCUGAAGUUGCAGGUUGGAAGUUGAACCCUCUAAUGGGUCAAAGUUAUAAUUGGGGGUAUCAUCCCGAGUACCAGAAAGGGAUAAUCUAGGUGCUUUUGCUGGUGCCUUGUCUUUAUCGGCGCUAGCACUAUUGCCCUUCCAAGGGCGUUUGCAGGGACAUUCGUCAUGGUCUGAACCUUUUGACUCUUCAGAGUCUGAGAGGUGAACGAGAGGAGCUCUGGGGGCAGACUUUGAAUGUUCUUGAAACGCUGCCAAAGCUUUGGGAAUGGAGUCUGCGAUGGCGUUAUACAGCCAAGUUUUGAGCUCCGCAGAUACUGGUGGUUCAGGUAAAUCAGACAUUUUUAUAAAGAGAAGUGGGGUCACCACGAGUAUAAAUAUAUAUACAAUAUGUAUUUUUUUUUUCUUUUUUUUUUUCUCUAAGGCAGUGGACUUAUGCAAAACACAAAACGUGUAUAUAUAAACUCGAAGUGUUAAUCAAGUGUAGGGGUCACCCACAGUUAUUACAGCGGAAACGGUAUAACCGUAUGAAUAUUACGUAAUGAGGGGGUCACCCUCAGGAGACAGUAAAAAGGGGGUCACCCUUUAAAUGAGGCAGAAAAACUGUAUAACAUAGAGGGGGUCACCCUCUUUAAUGAGGCAAUUAUUAAAUUAAUAGUGAGGGGGUCACCCUCAGUAAUGAGACAAAUUUCUUGUGCAAGGGUUUAGAGCAAUCUGCAACAAAACAAAGUAGGAACACUUUAAUAAUACUGGUUAACAGUUCAAUUGUUAACUUUCUGUCAGAAAAAUAUGUGUUAAUGUACUUACCUGAAAGUACCAAUAGAGGCGCUGGAGAGCCGAUGUGAGCAGCAGCCGUCCAGACGUUCCGGUGUAAGGGAGGAAAAGAGCGCGAAAAAAGCCCGUCGAGAAAUGGCCGCGGGAGGAAAGAGUCGUCGCUAUGGAGACAGAUAAGGGGCCGGGAUUGUUCCCACAGAGGGGGGCGACGAUAUUGCCGAGGUUGGCAACCGGCCAGAAGCUGAUCAGCUCUCGGCUUCUGGCCGCACGGACAGAUAUACAAAAUGCCUCUGUAGUUCUGAGGCAGAAGGCAGCACACACAGACCGUUUGGGGAUUAAACAGAAGGCAUAGAAAGAAAUCACUAAAGGCACAGACCAUUUAAAGGGGAAAUGGUCUGAAAUAAAUAUUGUUAAAGGCACAGUUAAGUUUACACAUAAUGUCAAAUAAAUAAAUAAAUAAUAAUAAUAUAAUAAAUCAAAGUAAGACUAUUAAUACUAGACUAUAAUUGGAAUAGACUCACCUGGGAGGCUAAGCAGCAAAGAAAGAGGAAUUGGGAGGAGCCUGAUGACUGGACAUAAUCUAUUGUACACUCUGAUUGGUUAAAAAAAAAUUCUACUUACUGUUAACUGUUUCUUUGCUGCUGGGAGUAACAGUAAAGAAAGUAAAGCAAAUAUGAAGCCUCCUGUCUUGCCAUAAAAUUAGAAUGUGUGCGUUGUUUUCAUCAACAGCAAGAUCGCAUGCAGAGAUAACAGUUGAUACUGAGGUGAUUAGUCCACCAGAAUGUUUUAAUAAAGAGGGUUUGAAGGUUCUGAAUAAAUCUCCAGGAAAAAUAUAAUGAAAAGUUGGACAAACCUAUGAAGCCCCCAUGCUCGUAGGGCCCCCUGGCAACUGCCCAGCGUGCCCAACAUGCCCAUGCGUUAAGACAGCCCUGGGUAAGGGACAGAUUAGAAGGUGUGGUAAAAUAGAGGACGGACAAUAGACCAAAAUGAGCGACACUGGGGAGGUUACCAGGUAUGUUGGUGGUGAGAAGAAUAUAUUGUGCCGGUGGUGAACUGUACAUAGUGUUCAAUAUGGCAACCUGGGCACUAUCGAUUAGAGACACACAGGGCUUAAACAGGGCUCUAUCGGAUGUGAGCUGAGACUCUUGUUUCUCUGUACGGAUGGGAAUUUAUACAUUUGCUUUCAUAUGGUUGUAAAUUUCUUAAUUUUGUUGUUUAUUUUCCAGUUAUUAUUUUAUGAUCCUGGAAAAUUGAAGUUAAGGAUUGAACAAUAUUAUGUUCUCUGACAGUUUGGUAAUAAUUCAUUAUGAUAAUUACUUUGAAUAAAUGACCAGAAAAGAAUCAACACAAUGGAUUUAAUAGGAAAGUGGAUAUAAUGACAAUUCAUUUCCCAAAGCAAACAGAUACUGAUACUGCUGUUGCAACAGCAGCACCUAGUGGACAGAUGUGCUAAUUGUUACUGCAGAAAAAUUCCAGUUUAAUGAUCAUGAACUGCGUCAAGGAAUAAAACUUAGUAUUACUUUGUCCGUAGAAUGAUAUUUCAAAUGAAAUCAAAGAAACAGGCUUCACAAGGAGACAUCUUACUGCUAAUGUACUUAUUAAAUCCAUAGGAAUCUACAUUUAACCCCUUAGUGACCAGACCGUUUUUCAAUUUUCUUACCGUUAAGGACCAGGGCUGAUUUUACAUUUCUGCGGUGUUUGUGUUUAGCUGUAAUUUUCCUCUUACUCAUUUACUGUACCCACACAUAUGAUAUACUGUUUUUUCGCCAUUAAAUGAUCUUUCUAAAGAUAUCAUUAUUUUCUUCAUAUCAUAUAAUUUACUAUAAAACAAGUUAUAAAAUAUGUUGAAAAAAACCCCCAAAAAACACCUUUUCUAACUUUGACCCCCAAAAUCUGUUACGCGUCUACAACCGCCAAAAACACCCAUGCUAAAUAGUUUCUAAAUUUUGUCCUGAGUUUAGAAAUACCCAAUGUUAACAUGUUCUUAGCUUUUUUUGUAAGUCAUAGGGCUAUAAGUACAAGUAGGACAUUGCUGUUUCAAAAUAUAUAUUUUUAAAAUGUAUCAAUGGUGACAUUGCAACACUGUUAUCUGUCAUAAAUCUCUGAAUCACACCUCACAAAUUUUAUUAAAGUAGACAAUCCAGGGUAUUCAAUAUGGGGUAUGUCCAGUCUUUUUUAGUAGCCACUUAGUCACAAACACUGGCCGAAGUUAGCAUUUAUAUUAGUGUGUGUGUUAACUAUGAAUGCUAACUUUGGCCAGUGUUUGUGACUAAGUGGCUACUAAAAAAGCCACUUGCAAUACCUUGGAUUGUUUUCUUUUGCAAAUGGUAUGCCAUCAUGGGGGUAAUUCUCAUUCCUUGACUACCAUACGCUCUCAAAGGAAACAUAACCAAUCAGGCAAAUUUAAAUGUGAAAAAACAGAAAAUCAAGCCUUAUAUUUUACCCUGUUACUUUCAAAAACACUAUAAAACCUUUACAUGAGGGGUACUGUUAUACUCAGGAGACUUCGCUGAAAACAAAUAUUAGUGUUUCAAAACAGUAAAAUGUAUCACAACAAUUAUAUUGUCAGUCAAAGUGCUGUUUGUGAGUGAAAAAUGCAUAAAAAGGCACAUUCGCUGACGAUAUCAUCGUUGUGAUAUUUUUUACUAUUUUGAAACACUAUUAUUUGUGUGCAACAAUGUCUCCCGAGUAAAACAGUAGCCCCCAUGUACAGGUUUUAUGGUGUCCUGAAAAGUUACAGGGUUAAAUAUAGGGCUUGCAAACCAAAUUCUCUGGACUUUCUGCUUGGGUCGUCAGGCAGGUCCCUCAAAUUGUAAUGAAUAAAAUGACUUAAUUAUCUAAUAAUAUUAUACAAAUAUAUUUGUAGAAUUUAAAUAUAUAUAUAUAUAUAUAUAUAUAUAUAUUAAUUAUUUUUAUUUAUAUAUAACAAUAUAAUAAUAAUAAUAAUAAUAAUAAUAAUAAUAAUAAUAAUAAUAACAAAGUAUUUAACCAGGAAAGGUACAUUCAGAUUACUCUGCUUUUCAAGUAUGUCCUGGGGAUGUUACCUUAGCCCAACAUCCAGAGGUGAUUACUAUUCCCCAAUUUAAUGGUACUCAUUUUAUCUACCUUGGAAGGAUGAAGGGCUGAGUCAACCUUCAGAUAUAAAUAUGUAUUUAUAAUGCCAUUCUUAAUUUAUUUUGAUUUAAAUAUAUAUAUUAAUAUCAAAAUACAGUUAGAACAAAUUUAAAUCGGUAUAUAAUUUUAUUUUAAAUUACAUUUUUUAAUUUUUAAUUUAAUUUUUUUCAUUUGUUUCAAUUUAUUUAUUUAUAUUUAUUUAUAAAAGUACGUAGAUCAUAUAUAUAUAUAGCAUUAAACCAGCUGGUAAUUAAUCCUUUUACCUUAAGGAUUACUAUAUUACUAUACUACUGUAGCUACCGCACUUCAACCCCUAGUUACUGGACUAACCCAUCAGCUCAUGUGAAUAUAUAUAUAUAUAUGAUCUAAGUACUUUUAUUACCUUGUAAAACUGUUUUGCAUGCAUGAGGGGGACAGCCUAAGAGCUCAGGCACUCCCCCUGCACGCACUGCCCAAGCCGGCUAUUCCGGCCAUGUAUUCGCGAGGACCCCGCGAUCACAUGGCCCAGGGGAGUGUGAGGGGUGGAGGCCGAACAGCCGGGAUGCCAGGCAAGUACCCAUUUCGCGAUCACCGGCGGGGGAUUGUUAACGACCAUUUUUGUCAGACUUACCUGGUACGUCCGAGGUCGGGAAGGGGUUAAUAUGUUAUUGUACUGUGGGGAUUUACUGGCAUUAUGUAAUGCUACUUCAUUUUUGCACAAUGGUGGCUAAAAUGUAGAUCCCCAUCUGUCGUACAAGUCCUAGAAUGCUUUGUUAGCUUAAGUUCUAAAAUUUGCCCAUCCUUUCAGUGUUUUAUUUAGCACUUAGCUGUGUUUAAGUAUGUGUGUGAAUGUUGGUGUUUGAAUGCAGUUGUGUAUUUGUGUGUAGUGACACACACACACACACACUGAUACACAUAUAGGUACACACUGACACACAUACAGACACACACAGACAGAAACUGACAUACAUGCAAAUAAACAGACACAUUGAUACACACACAGACACACCAACACACAGUUACACACACUGACAUGUGCAGAAACACACAGACAUGCAGAUACACACACACACACACUCAGAUACACACAGACACUCAGGUACACACUGAUACACGGAUACAUACACAGACACACUGACACACACAUGUUUUUUUUUUUUAGCUACCCUUCUGUUUCUUACCUUUUGGGUGCAAGAGGGUGGACUCUGCUGGCUGAGGCUGUUGUGAGUCAGAGUCUGAGUCUGUUUCUCCUCCGCUCUGCCUUGUCCAGAGAACCCCCCCAGAGAACUAGGCACAGAAGGCUAGGUUGGGGAUAUACAAGACAGUGUUUCAAAAGCGACAGCAACAUACAAAUUCGCAGAAACAAAUUUAUCACACAGCAAACAGAGAAAUAAGAACCUAUGGAUAACAUAUUCCAAGAGACAAUGUUACUAUUUUAGCAACAAUGAAGAAACAGUCAUAAAGUGAGUCCAUUGGACACAUUUUGUGAUUUAGGCUAUGCAGACUUUUGUAUGUUUUUAUAGCUGUGCUUGUUAUGGACUUUGUUUGUUAUGUUAUUAGUUGACUAACAAUAUUUUGUGUUAAGUUUAUAGAAUGUAGUAAAACAUGUAGGAGAUGUCUUUGGGGGCAAAGCUUCAGGAUAUUCAUUAGUAAUUCAUUAGUACAGUAACCUGCACAUUGUGUAAUCCUGAACUAUAAAGAUGUGUUUUUCAAUUUAAGGGUAGCCUACCACAAUCGCUAUCACUAGACAUCCAAACAGGUGUUAAAAGAAGUUACCAAAGCACACCAAUGACAAAUAAUAGGGAAAAAUAAGAGUGGGUGUCUUUGUUUCUUUGUAAACUUUUUGGCUGCGUAGAUAAACUUUCUCCAUUCCCAUAUUACGGUCUUUAUAUAUACUGGUUUUAAGGUUCAGUGGAAUGACGUCUGGAGAUAUUUUUCACAAUGCCCGCAGAUCCCAGGAUACGAUUUCUCACAGCAUAGUCAGAUUACCAUUAAACCAUAGAUACUACAGACUUCGAGGGCAUUUUAAUAACACAGUUAAUUAAUAUGGUACGUUUGUCUCGAUUUGGAUGAUGGUAAAAUUUAGAGACAGAUGCAUUAUGUGUGCCCCUUUGUCGUGCAUCAAUGCGUCAAACUAUUACAUAUCUGGAUGAAUCAUACAAUAUGAUUUCACCAUGAAUUACUUCUCGAAGCCUGCAAAGACAAAGCACAAAUGUUUUUACAAAGUUCCCUUCCGUGAAUUGUAUGAGCGAUCGUCACUUUGUGUCUGUCACGAGGUGACAUUAACCCAAAUUGAAAUAAAAUAUUAUUAAUAAUGUCACAUUAUUAAUCCGAACGUAUGCAGUGUUUUCUACUUUUCCAGCCUGUCGUAAGUUAAAAUGGUAAUAUUAUCCAAAAGUACAAAUCUGUUUGACUUUGGGAGCAUUAAACCAGCUGGUAAUUAAUCCUUUUACCUUAAGGAUUACUAUAUUACUAUACUACUGUAGCUACCGCACUUCAACCCCUAGUUACUGGACUAACCCAUCAGCUCAUGUGAAUCACUUACACUGUUUACUAAAUUGGACACUGUAGGCACUGUAUCUGGUUUAGCUCAUUAAAGUGGUUAUAGUAUCUGGAGUCCCAUGUCGCUGUCCUUCCAUUCAGUGUUAAACAGUUUUUAAUGUUUGAUUGCUAAACAAAAGUGUCCAGAAGCCACAUCCCUCUUUGUGCAGCUUGGACUAAUGAGGAAGUAUUAGCUUGAGCAGAAAUGGGGAGCUGUGAUUGGCUGAGAGAGUCAGCUGGCUGCAUUCAGCCUAUCACAGGUCCCAUUGUUGGUAGGAAUCAGUAUGGCUAGAAGGAAGUGUGUAAUCUCUGUUUUAGUCACACCUACAGUGGGGUGGGGCUAUUGGAAGUCCGGGACCAUCAUUCAGUGUUAAAUUGCUAAAACUGGUUUAACAAUGAAUAGAGGGACAGUACCAGGGGCACCAGAUACUGUAACCCCUUAAAUUAGAUUAAAUGGUUAGAGUGUCAACAAUGUCCAUGUAAUACUAGGAGAUAAAUAAUUUUUGUAAAUACCAUUGCCAUUUUUUCCAUUAGAUGGUUACUUUGGGGCAGACCCCCCACUUUAAAGGUGGUACCACUCCUAUCACACACACAACUAACAGUCUCCCCACUACAAGCACAACACAACACGCAGGCACCAUGCAUUCUCUCUCAUACACAGCACUCAAUAACCAUAUCAGCCAAAACAUACACAACACUCAGUCACCACGCAUAACACACACACAAAACACUCAGCCACUUCCACACACAGAGCAGAACCCCUGGAUCCAGGUUUGGGAAUGUAGUAAACUUAUCUUAUUAAAACAAAAAAAGGUUUUGUUUGGAUAGUAAAAUAAGAGACAUUUAUUACUUUUAAUGUUGAGUGUAUUCAAUUAGUAAUCGUACCAAUUGAAAACUCUUUUUUUCUUUUACUAUAUAACGGACCGCUUUAAAAUGUAUGUUACUACGAGAAAAUACUAAGAGCAUGAAGUGAUGACGCUGACCACAACGAGUCAAGACACUUUAAUGGCUUGUUUGGGCACGUUUGGCUGGUGCACACUCAAUGGAGACAAUUAAUGAAUACAUGGAACAGAUCAAAGCCAAGUCUUGCUUGGUUAAACUAAGUACCUGGUGAUGGCCCCGUGGCAUUCUUCCCCUAAUUAUAAGAUACUCCUAAUAAUUAAUUAAUAUGCACCGAACACUGACCGUGACAUCCGCCAGUCAUGUGAAUAUCCGGAAUGGGCUAUUGGUGAAAAUAUAGAUUGGUUCAAUAAAAAUGCAAUAGCAGUUUCUGUACUGGAGUUAGCCUAUUCCCUGUCACUCCAUUUGUGUAUUGUAACUCUGACCAUGCUCAGUCAGCCGUUUGGUGAGAUUUGCUGGAAUUCACAGAUGUAGUGUCAUUAAGGAGGCAUCAAUCGGUAUUCCUCAUGUUGUGUGCUGCAAAUGACACCGUGUUUAGCAUCUGGCUAUGCAUGAUGGGAAUUACAAUCCAUAGUCCCAGCCAUGUUGUCCUCUUAUCACUCAUUCCCCUCCACUAAUAGAGAACCAGCAAUAUUAUAGUAGGAAUAAUAACUGAGGGAAAGAACGUGGUAAUAAAAUAUGUUUUACAUUAAUAGCCACACUGGGGUUAGGGAUUUCCAUGGGGGACAAGAGAACAAUUGCUAGAGGCAGAAAACAAUGUAUUGAAUAGGGGUUAUUGGUAUUUAUCAAAGAUUUCAUUUCACAUUCUUAUGCACAAUAUAUAUUUUAAUAUUAUUAAGCAGAAAGCAAUGUUUAACUGUGACUAUCUGGGUCAUCUUUUCGAUGAGAAUUUAUAUUUAUGCUGGGAAUUAAUGAAAUUAUAUGUUUUUGAGGAGACACCAAUAAAGCAAUACUUCGUUCCCAAGUAAUGCCCAUUUAUACAUUGCAGCUGCUGAAUAUUUUAUUUGUCCUCCAGUGCAUGGCCAUCAGCAGGGGGCGGUGGGGGAUGGGCAAUGGGGGGAAGAAGUGGGAGGUGAGGGGGGUAGCCUAUGGAUCAGGGAAGUGAGACAUGGGGGGCAGCCUAUAGAUCAGGAACGUGAGGCAUAGGGGGCCGCCGAUAGAUCAGGGAAGGGAAAGAUGGGGGGAUCCACCUACAGAUCAGGUAAGUGAGCAAUGGGGGUGGGGGGACAGCCUAUAGAUCAGAUAGGUAUGGCAUGGGGGGGAGGCAGCCUAUAGAUCAGGUAAGUGAGGGAUGGGGGGGAGGCAGCCUACAAGAAGGGUCAGCAAGGAGCAGGAAGAUAAAGUAAGAGAAGGAGCAGAAAAGAGAAGGAGCAGAAAUGAGCAGGAAGGGACAUCAAGGAGCAGAAAGGGGCAGCAAGGAGCCCAAAAGGUAAAGUAGGAGAAGGAGCACAAAGAAACAGAAAUGAGCAGCAAGGGGCAGGAAGGGUCUGCAAGGAGCAGGAAGGGUCAGCAAGGAGUAGGAAGGGUCAGCAAGGAGAAUGAAGGGUCAGCAAGGAGCAGAAAGGGGCAGAAAGGGCCAGCAAGGAGCUGGAAAUGGCAGCAAGGAGCAGGAAGGGACAGUAGGGGCACAAACGUAAAGUAGGAGAAAGAGCAGAAAUUAGCAGAAAGGGUCUGCAAGGAGCAGGAAGGGACAGCAAGGAGCAGGAAGGGUCUGCAAGGGGCAACAAGGAGCAGGAAGGGUCUUCAAGGAGAAAGAAGGGUCUGCAAAGAGCAGGAAAGGACAGAAGAAGCACAAAGGUAAAGGAGCAGAAAGAAUCAGAAGGAGCACAAAGGUAAGUAGGAGAAGGAGCAGAAAAGGGUAGCAAGGAGCAGAAAGGGUCUGCAAUGAGCAGAAAGGGAUCAGAAAGAGAAAGGAACAGAAUGGGGAGCAAAAUAAGCAGAAAGUAGCAGAAGGUAAAGGAGCAGAAGGAGCCAAGGAGUAGAGAAGGCAGUGUCAGAAGAAAAAGAAAACUGUGUCAAAUGAAGGAGAAAAGGAGAUUGGAGCAGGAAGGACAAGUGAACCCUCCACUUUAUUCUGGACACCACAUCAUAAGGCUUUGGCACCUGGGCCUGGCAGGGAAACUUUGGACCUUCUCAUCUCCCCAGGUAAAAAAAAAAUAUCAGUGUUAAUGUGUUCACUUUUAUUAACUGAGUGUCAGGAAGCACAGAGUGCGGUCAGCUGGCACUCUAAGCCAAUCAGUAGCUCCACUUUCAUAAAAAAGUUAAAUGAACUAUGAACUAGGGAUUGGCUUAGAGCGUCAACUGACCACUCUAGCCAAUCAGCGUCACCCAUGCCUGACGUCAAUCUGCACUUCCUGACACUCCGUUUCAGAAGCCGAAUACCACUGAGCGACCUGGAGCUGGAGAAAGCCUUUGGGGUUAAGCCAUUUGAGAGCGGUUUAACCCCUUAAAGGAAAGAGAACACCCAGGGGCUUCCUGGCAUCAUACCAUCUUCAUUUAGAUUAAGUUGUUAUGGUGACCAGAAUGUUCAUUUAAUUUGCUUAAAGGAACACUAUAUACAAACAUGUAUUCUGGACACUAUAGUUGUGAAAACGCUAUUCACCCUGGCUUUAUGUGAUAAUGGCUAUGCCCCUUCCCUUUCAUGACACUAUCAAAAAGGGACCAAGCAUGGAUGUCAUUACAAUGAUGCCCCCACCCUGAAAAAUUCCUGCGGACACCCAUGCUCCAGUGCAUUGUUAAAGUAUUUUUCCUUUUACACAGUUAUGAAAAAAAAACAACAAAAAAACCCACACAUUUAAACAGUGCACCUUAGAAUUAUAGAAACAAGGUGUAAAUUGGACAAUGUAGAAAAGUAAAAAAAAAAAUUCUAUCCCCAAUCCAGAGACCCAGCAAAUAAGAUUUGCAUGCUCAUUUUUAUGGUUCUAUUAGUCCUGCUGGGUAAGCCAAACACUUGUUUAGUUACUGUUAAUCUUUUCAACUUUUCACUUGGUUUCUGUCACUCUUUGUAAUACAUUAACCCAGUCGCCGUUCUGCUCGAGAGUUGAUAGACAGAUUGUUAAACCUAGGUUAAAUGGCUCAUUUAAAGCAAUUUUAACAGUUAAUAAUUGUUUAUUUGUUACUCAGGAAAAAAGGGACACUUUAGAUUGAUCUGAUGACUUGCUUCUCUAAUUCUAUAAUACUUUUAAACUGCUUUAUAAUUCCUGAUAUUAAAAUUACCCUCUUUUCCAUCCAACAUCCUUGUAAAAUAUCCCCUUAAUUUAACAACACCCCCCUUCCAUGAAGCACUGUUGAAUAUGUUGAAAAUGAAAUUAUUAUUAUUAUAAUAAAAAUAAUCACUAGAAAUGCAUAUAAAAGAUCUGUGUGAGUGUGUUAUUUGUUCUAUAACAGUGCCAUCUGCUGGGAUAAGUAAGAAAAGCAGUUUUAUACAAUGCUACCAGCACUGUAAUAGCGUCAUCUACUGGGGUAAAAAAAGAAUAGCUUUUUUAAAUCAUGACAUCUUCAACUUUUUAGAGGGGACAGUCCAAGCACCAAAAUCAGGUAAUUUUAAUACAUAUGUGUGGCAGAAAUGACUCUGCCACGUGUUCUUGGAGGGGCCUGCUUUUUUACAACCUCCUGCCAAAAGUCUAUGGGCCCUUUAAAAACUUAUGUGAUUUAUGCACUUUUGUACUCCAUAAAGAGGCCCUAAUUCCCUGGAACUGUUUUGGGUAUAGGACCAUGUGCACGGUCGGUCAAAAUGACGACUUCCAUGAAAAUCCCGAACCCCUGAACCGAUUUGAGUGAUUUAUGGAUAUGUUGGUCCCCAAGAUCGGGGCUAUCAGGGGAUAUGAUAUGUGUGGGGUUUCCAUGUGUUUUAGGGGUACUUUUAGGGUGUUGUUGUAUUUCCUGUUUUUCUGUGCUUGGAGAUAAUUGGAUUAGAUUAGUACAGUUCCUGAUCCAAAUAUCUCCCAGGCACAGAGGAGGGAUUAUCUUAUUAUGUAUGGGAGUGUCCUGGAUCUGAGAGCCAAUGUAAUUGUAUAUUUGUUUCUACUGUGGUUUACUUUCAGGUCCCUUGCAUAGGGACUUGCAUAUAAGGCCAGUUGUGGCUACCAUUAAAGGAGUUUGUGCUUACCCUCAACAUAGAGUCUCAUCUGAUGUUUGUAGGGAACCUCUAUACUAGCUAUAAUCACCAGCUAUUGUAAGAGCUACACUGCUAUACCUGCUAUAAUCUCUUGGAGGAGAGGCCUUCCCACUGGGAGCUGGAUCCAGGAGUUUGGUGCAGGUUGGGAAGGGACGGUGAGACCCCAGCCAAGCUGCGGUGGCUAAGAAGCUACAGUGCUUAUGGUGUUCCAGUUGGGGUGCCAGGCGGUCCGCCACAGUAUGUAAGAGCUCUUUGGGUUGCAACGCUCCAGCUGGGAGAAGAGAUUCCAGGUGGGAAUCUCUCCCCAGAAGAGUGAAGAGUGUAGUUCUAGAAUCAGCUAAGAUACUGCAGAGAAACCUCAGACUCCCAGGGCUCUGGUAGAGGAACCGAGAAAUACACAAAAAUACUCCAUGGAGGGGGGAGACAGGAAUUUAUGUAUUUAUUUAAAAUAUUCACAUUUUUAUUACAGAAGGGGAUUUUGGACCUAAUAUUGUAUACUCGCAGCACUGCCAAUGUUGACGUUUUCAGAAAUUAUUAAUUAAUUCCCUAUUUACCACUGAGAACUUUAAACUAAAAUAAAGAGCAUGAUUUAUAAAGAAUAUAAUAAAGAAUAAGAACAAAGAAUAAGAAUAAUAUUUAUAAAAAAAAAUAAAAAAAAAAUUUGUGCGCUACCAAUCUGAUUAAUCUGAUCUGUUUAAUCUGAAUCCAGUAGAAAUUUGCUGUUUAAUACGUAUUGGAAUUUCAUACUUGGAUGGGAUUUGUACGUGGGAAUGACUGAUUUUACUGUUUUUCAUGCAGACAGCGGAUGGUAAGAUUUGCUUGUUCAGUGCAAUUAACUGAAUUCCAGCUAUAUUUGCCCUUAAGAAUUCUGCAAUUCACAAAUUUGGUUACAUUUCACAAUUGAUCACAGAAUUUUACUAAAGUGGGCUACGCUCAGCCUUCAGUAAAUAACCCAGGUAAAUGAGAGAAUAUAACAGAAAAUAAUGUGUUUUUUUUCUGCAGGUUGGGAAAAGGGGAAGGUAACCGGUUUAAUGAUUAACAUUUGGUUUUGUAUUUCAAGAAGAAAGUUAGAUUGUGUAUUUGGUUGGAGGAAGGGAUUAGCUUCAAACCUUUACUUCUGCAAGCAUCGAUGAACAGAAAAUCAACUACAAACAUAACUGCACGUCAAAUUCUUUGAAAAUGCAGAACUUUCAUUACUUCAAAAAGAAAAUGAAAAUACAUUUUUUUUGCAUGUUGAAUAUUUUAAAAUUCCAUGAAACAUGCAAAGGCCUCACUUUACAUAUCACAAACAGAAAAUAAUGAAAUCACCUGAGAUAUUUGAAUAAAGUUAUUUUUAUCAGCUAUAAGCCACUCAAUAAUAAAUACAUUGAGGGUAUUUAGUAACCUGCACUCAGGAAGGCUGCUAUUAAAACAUAAGAAUAGUCAAUUGUGAAGCAGACGCCCAGGCAUUAAACCCACUGAAGAACUAAUGUUGCAGGCUGGCAGUGGCUAAAUGUGGCACUGCAGAUAUUGCAUUUGCCAUGAUACUCCAACAACUUGAGCUAUAUAGAUUGAUAACUACAUUUCAUAUGAUGCAUAGUUGUGUAAAUUCUAAACUGUGCUAAUUCUCGGUUUGGAAAAUGCCUUAAGAUUUAUCAGCCGUGACUUGGGGGGGAGGUGGCAACAUAGGGUCACAUAUAUGUGAUGGGAACCUCUGCUUAGGGGCUUGACUGGGCCCCUGUCAGAUCGGCAGAGCUGGGAGGAAGUAGGUUCUGGUCAUUUCUUCCAUGCUAACAGAGAGAGCCAUGUGGAAUGGCAGAGAAAGGAUGGAGCUUGGGCGAGACUCCCUUCAGCAGCCAGAUCUAGAUCCCAGGGAAGCCACCCUCCUGCACACAGAAGGUAUGGAAGCAGGAAGGUAGCUAAAAUAUGGCAAUUAUUACUUGUGUGUAUUUGUGUCAGAAUAAGUGUUUAUCUGUGUGUGUCAGUGUAUAUGUGUCUCUGUGUCAGAAUAGAUGUGUGUGUGUAAGUGUGUAUGUGUCAAAAACAUGUGUAUCUGUGUGUGUGUCAGAGUCAGAGUGUGUGUGUAUCUGUGUGUGUCUGUGUGUCAGGGUUUGCCAGUGGAUCCUCAGCAAGGCAAGGGGCGGUGACCUAACAAAGACAAAAAAAGAUGGAUAAGAAAAGCCAAAUUACCGGACAAUAGAGUCGCCAGGUUUAGCGUAAAGCAGGAACCAGGAAGUAACAGGACUAACUAGUCAAAUAGUUCAGGCUGGAGUGGAACACCCCCAAAAAAUUAAAAUAAAACUGUAUCAGACAAAGAAAAAAUACAUUCUGGCAUAGGAACAAAUGUAUUAAUUACAGGGCAAAGUCAGGAUUACGGACUGGAACAGGAAAAUUAACAAAUCUGGUUCGAUACACGAACAGGAGUCAGGAUUAAGGACUGGGACAGGUACAUGAACAAGCCGGGUGUGAUAUACAAAUAGAGUAAUCAUAGAAUCCAGAUCUCAUACAAAAAGACAAGAGAUGAAGAAUUGUCAAAGAAUAAGCUGGGUCAAUAACCACUGCUGUAUUUGCGGCGAGGCAAACAAGGCAUUUGCCUUGGGUGGCACUUUCCAGGGGGCAGCAAAAAAUGCCGCCUCAAAAUGCCCAGGCAAAUGCCUUGUUAGCCCUGGAGAAAGGCGGCUAGCUGAGGUCCAGACAGGUGGCGAGAGAGCCGAGUGAUGUAGGGAGCCGAAAUAUGAUGUCACAUGAUGCCCGUCUGGACCUCAACUGGCCACCUGCCUGACUGCACGCCUGCCCAAACAGCUCAGUCAGCAGCCCCAAUGGACUCCAGGUAAAAAAAUCUACCCAGCUCUCCCAAAGGUAGGAAGGCUGGGUGGAUAUAAAUUAAACUUAAAAAAUUGUGUGUGUGUGUGUGUGUGUUUAUGUCUGUCAGUGUGUGUGUGUGUGUGUGUGUGUGUAUGUCUGUCAUUGUGUGUUUAUAUCUAUCAGUGUGUGUCUGUCAGUGUGUCUGUCAGUGAAUGUGUGUAUGUCUGUCAGUGUGUGUCUAUGAGUGAGUGAGUGUGUGUGUGUGUGCAUGUCUGUAAGUGUGUGUCUGUGAGGGAGCCUGUGUGUUUGAGUGACUGUGUAUGUCUGUCAGUGUGUGUCUGUGAGUGAGUGUGUGUCUGUCAGUGAAUGUGUGUUUGUGUCUGAGUGAUUGUGUGUGUGUUUGUCAGUGUGUGUCUGUGAGUGUGUGUGUCUGUGAGGCAGCCUGUGUGUCUGAAUGAUUGUGUGUGUGUCUGUGAGUGAGUGUGUGUGUGUGUCUGUCAGUGAAUGUGUGUGUGUGUCUGUCUGAGUGAUUGUGUAUGCUUGUCAGUGUAUGUGUAUCUGUGGGUGGGUGUGUGUCUGUCAGUGAAUGAGUGUGUGUCUGUGUCAUUGUGUGUGUAUGUCAGUAAUUGUGUGUGUCUGUCAGUGAUUGUGUGUGUCUUUGAGUGAGUCAGUGAUUGUGUGUGUCUGUCAGAUUGUGUGAAAUCAGUGAGUGUGUGUAUGUCAGUGUAUCUGAGAGUGUGUUUCUGUCAGUCAAAGUGUCUGCAAUCUUUAACAGGAAGAGGUGUGGCCUUGACAGAAAGGGGUGGGACAAAUGUAAAUUAGGGGGAGCCCGAGUUCCGACAUGCCUAGGGCAGCACAAAUCCAAAAUACACCACUGUCAAUAACAGAAACUCAGUACAGUACAAACACACUAAAGGCUCAGGAACCUCAAAAGGAUCCAGGACAGCCAGCGAGCUCUCUUUAAAUAGGGAGUCCUGCACAUGAUUGGCUCACCUGCCUGUAAAUAAUCAGCAAGAAGGGCAGCACCUGGAUUACCCAAAGGCACCCUACAAAAUAUGCAAUAAUUAGAUGAGAAAUAACCAUAAACUUACUGGAAUCUUCCCAGGAAAGCUGGUUCUACAGGGGCACAGCAAACAAUGUGAGUCAGAAAGUGGGUAACAGGGGUUCAAGUCCCACCAGAGAUAGGUUUCGUGUCAGUGUAUAUCCAUCCCAGUAUUUAUGUGUGUGGCGGUCUUUGUGUAAAUGUCCAUACAUAUGCUCAGCAUACAAACACACCACUGCACUCAAAUUACAACACACACACCUACUCCUAAAUUUAAAUGCACAAACAAUGCUCACACUAUUGUUGUUAGGGUUGUACGACAGAUAAGGAUCUACUUUUCACCAGCCUUGUGCAAGAGGGGAGCCAAAACAUUUCUUGCACCAGGGCCUUCUCUAGUUCUGCUACCGAUCAUGCCCUUUAGUUUGGCACUACUACUCUUUUAAAUCUGAUGUAAUACAUACGAGGAACAGCAUAGUAACUGUUCCCUCAAUAAGUAUUGCAGUGGUCCAGGCUGUGGAGAUGUAAAGUGAGGAUGUAAUUGAGAAAAAAAAGAUGGUAAAUGUUGGGGACUAGUUCCCAGCAGGUAACAACAUCACUAGAAUGAUGUGUUUCUCCGAAAUAUGCACAAAAACUUAUUUUUCUUCGUUUUCUUCGUUUUCUUACAAUAAAAGUAAUCCUUAUAUUGUAGAUUGAAUGCUUUCCGAAUUAUACACACAGUCCUCUUCACAUUAAAUUUAAUGGUCUUCAAGAUUCAAAUAAAACUCACACAAAUACAACUCACAAAUACAAAUCCUGAGUGAAUCAACAGCUUGUUGUAGGAGUUGGUCCAUUAAAUAACAUGUUGUGUUGACAUAAUAAGCAUUUUUAGGUUAAAGUCGAGUUGGCAGUAUUUUCACAAAAUCCUUUUCGGCUUCUGAGUUAUUACAACUCUCUAUUUAAUAAAAUCCCUCCAUGAGAACCAGUACAUGAAUUGCUGAACAAAAAUUUACUUGGUCUUCCUUAACUCUAUUUUCUGAAAGAGAAUUUUUUUAACAGUCUAUCUAAGCUUUACACUUCGUUUGGACAGAAGGGAGACAUCAUUAGAGGUAAUGCUCAGAAAAACGUGAGCCUAAAAUGCAAGCCUACAAAAUUUUUCAAAGGUACAUCCCAUUAACGCUAAGGACAGAUACAUAUAUAUAUCAUCACCUAGAUUUGUGAUCAGAUACAUUAUUUAUUUACUGUACAAGUCAGUUGCUGCGGCUCUUUUUUAUUCAGGCAUCCUGUGACUCGCACAAAGAAUCUGUUUGUUUGUUUCAUGUGACUCAAAAAAAAAGCCCAGAGUAAACAAAAUGUGCUCUUGUACAGAACAUCUUUAUGCCUGACCUUCUUUAGACAACAAGUUACCCAGUAAGCUGUUUGCCCAUUAUUACUACAUAAAAUGACAGCUCCCCAUCCAGCAAUAGGCCGAGGCUCGUUUUCUCUUUUUAUAAAACAAAUUCCAGUCAAUGCAUAUGUCGUCUGCCAUUAAUUAUUCAGAACCCUGACACCUUCUAAUUCAGAGAAUUUGUAAUCGAAACCUCUUUGAUUAUAAUAACAGAUGGGGGUAAUAGUGACACAGUCAGCAGAAGGCGUCACGCUUCUAUGAAUUAGGUCAAGAACCAUCAGCAGUAAUUGAUGAAUUUCACAGUGUAAAUCUGAAAUAUACCAAUUUUAGUUUGUGUCUAAAAUUAAUGCCAACAGAGGCUCCUUUGUCUCUCCAAGAGAACAGUUUUUCCCCCAAAAUGAUUUUUUCUGUUCAAUAUCAGUUUCUCCUGUGACAUUUCAUGCCUGUUCCUCUGAAAAGCAUACAGAAUAAUGAAUGUUAAAAUUCACAGGAAAGGAUUCAGUGUGAUAAUGAUCUUAUUGCCAAUGAUGGUUUUAUCAGGGUUAAAUAGCAUUUAAUGGAACCGUCAGCAAGCUAAAAGCAAUUACAAACAAUUAAAAAAUGAAUAGAACUCUGGCACCCACAGACUAUAUCUGUUUUAUACUAAACUUGGUGAUUCGUUUUGUAUCAAACUGAAAUUCGGCCAAAUGUGAGCCUAAAUGCAGUCAAAUAAUGAACAAAAAGAACCACGCAAUGCAGAACAUGUUCGGUUUGAGGUUGUUAUUCUGAAUUCCAACCUUGGCACCAAAAAAAGAAACUAUUGAUGGGAAAAAAGAUAAUUGAUGGUUCGGGAACAGUCACUAAAUCAUGAAUUGAUUCUCAGUUUAAGUGAGCAAUUGAAGGAAAAAAAGUGGAUCAGUAAAAAAAAAAUCUAUAUGUAUACAAUAUAUACAAUAUGCAAUAUAUAUAUAUAAAAAUAUAGAUUGUGUUUUUUUUACUGCUUCUCAUUUCCCCCCCUCUAUUUGUUAAUUUGUUAUCUCUUGAUCUGUUAAACCAAGGGUUGGAAAGAGUUUAUAUUAUUGUGCUACAAUAUAUAUAUAUAUAUAUAUAUAUAUAGAUAUGGAAGGCUGGGCCUCAAGUUGUGAGAGGGGCCUCUGUUCCCUUCUUAAGGAGCACCAGUCCCCUCCUCACUACCGUCUCAGGUCUGGUGAUUUGCAUACCGUCACUUCCAGUCUGUGCAAACCGCCAUUAACCGACCUUUCACCUUGUGGGAAUGUGUACCUGGUCUGCAGUCCCUGAUCAUCCGUCUUGUUGCUUCCUGACCUGCCAGAGCCUCAUCCAGAAUUGGCCUCGAUACUGGGAUAUCCGCCCCUACUCCAGUUCCUGAACUUCCGUUCCCGCGGCAAACGCGUCGUGACCCGUGUCGCAAAAAAUGUAAGUCACUAGUCGCAGGCACACAGCAUCACGGGUCUUUCAUGGCCAUAUGAAGGUCAGGUUACAUACUGUUGGGAGCAUGUGCACGAACGCUCCGUUUCGAUAUACAAAUUAAUAACGAUUGUACGGUAAUUCCUGCACUGCAUUUCGCAUAGGUUUGGUUGUUUAAAAUGUUCUGUGAUAUUCUCAACCUCAUUAGCCAUCACUAGGGCCGUUCGUAUAUGUUUCAACCGAAAGGGCCAAUGUUAGCAUUAAUACACACGAUUUUACGAAUGGUUGUUUCUCUAUAGCAUUUAAGCAGUGUCGACCUGUGGUGGUUAAUUUUGAUAAUGCACAGAUAGAGUUAAGUUUUGCCACCAUGUUAAAUUGGUUAAAGUCAUACAACACAGUACUAAUUACUUGUGCUUAAGACUCAUUAAUAAACCUGCAAUUAUGUUUCCUUUUCUACGUAUUUCUUUUGUACUACUCAAGUUUAUCCAGGUCUCUUUUGUUCAUACUAUAGGUAUGGUUAUAUCCCUACCAUAUUUUCUACAUUACUAGGUACUAGGCCAUUCAAGGCUUCCGCCAAGUCCUUUAGUGCCGGUUAAACCUUUGCUCAAGUGAUAUACCGGUAGCUAUCUUUAUAGUAAUAAUAUGUAUAGGGUACAAUACGAUAUGAACACUACAAGCCUAUCAUUACUCUCAUAUGUAUUACAAAGGUCUGCUCCAAUUCCCUUCUAUAAGUUCAUCAGGUACGUCAGUCCCCAUUUCUGAUCUUACCCUCCGAUUCUUUGCUGGUUUUUUGGUAGAUAGGUUCAUACUGGCUGAUUAAGAAUAGGAGGCCACUAGUUAAAUUUAUUUCUAGGCCUUCUAUGCUUCAGCGUAGUGGUCACGCGAGGCCAGCACCCAUCCUCACUCGGAGGUACGUUUACCCAUCGGGCCAAAUCAUAGUCAGUCGCCUCGCUUAGUGGCAUAGAGAGGGCUUCACUUGUCACACCCAUUUUAUCUAAUGCUCUUUAAGUCAUCGAGAGGCCGUCACCCUGCUACAACAUUCUGUGGCCACAAUGCCAAUCGUGCCAACUCAUUGAUAGAGCCUCUCAAGUAGCUUGGCAAUUAGCUGGGUGUCACCUGUCAUCUGUCAUUUCUUCUUAGGUAACGUUUCACCGCUUGGUGUAAGAGAAGAUCGGCGUAACCUCCUAAUUUUUAUUAUAGUAUGUCACAACUACCAGAGGGCGGGGAAGAACUAUCGAUCCCCAGUACGCCAGCCAGAUCGUACAGCCAAGUGGGUGACACCGCAAGUCCGUUAUCCCUCAGAUCCUGGACCAUUCCAAGGAUCACUGCAGAGCUACACAAGAGAAACAUCCUCUAUCCGGCUACAGCUAGGAAAGCGGAAUUGUACAAACUAUUAAAUACCCAGACUGACUACGACUGGGCAGGAGAGGGAUCUAGUAGCGGCCAGUCUACUGACCUACAGGCUGUUUUGUCAUCAGUUCUAUCCUCUUUGGGUCGGAUUAAUAACAAACUGGAUAGGAUGGACUCCAAACAAGUUCUCUAUCAGCGCCAGUUAUCCCUGACUCGGCCAUUCUCCCCAGCACCCUAUCGGGUAAUACCCCAAUUGGCCUGAAAAACCCACACAUUAUUAAUCUAGCACACAUGGUGCCAGCCAAUAUUAAAAAGGACAUCUUGGAGGAAAAGGAUGGAAACCUGGUCUCGAUCCUUAUUGCCUGACAAGAUGUCCUGGAAAAAAAGACAUACGCAUAUGGCGACGUGUCGGUAGUUUUAAAACCUAGAGAUACCAGACUGAAUCAUAAAUUGUCUAUCCCUGAGUUUGUGCUAGCAUUUGGGAUUUAUAGGGACGUGGUGUGUUCAGUAUACCCUGACAGAAGGGAAGAAUUUGACCUUUACCUCCACAAGCUGGUGGACUUGGGGCACAAAUAAAUUAUACCCAAAGCCUUACCUAUCGACUGUCAAUAUCUCAUUGCUACAGGAAUUGUUGUACAACCACCCCUUAACACAUCUGGUAGAAUUUCUGGUGGCUGUGUUUACGGAAGGAUUUCACACGGGUAUCAUUUUUAUGCCAUCACGGAUAGUUGAAUGCAAGAACUUACAGACAGCUCUUGCUAACACUGUCAAUGAGUUGCUACAGAAGGAAGUAGAUCAAGGUUUUGUACUAGGUCCUUUCAGCUCUCCACCUUUCUCGAUAUUGAGGACCAAUCCCAUAGGUAUAGUUACUGGUAAGACCUCUAAUAAACAAAGGCUCAUCAUUGAGCUCUCUGCUCCUCACGCUACAACAACACCUAGUCUUAGCUCGCUCAUUCUAUCUGAGGAAUUUUCGCUACAAUACGCUACCAUUGACAAUGCUAUAGAAGCCAUCCUGUCAGCAGGAGUUGGAGCCUGGCUUAGCAAGACAGACAUAGUCAACACUUUCAAACUCCUCCCUAUUCACCCUUCCCUGUGGCAUCUAAAUGAUGUUAAGUGGCAGGCAUCAUACUAUUUCUUCACACGAUCUUUGAUAUGUUCGCUGAGACAUUGUGUUGGAUACUGCUUAAAAUCUGUAGAUGCCCUACAGUAAUUUAACAGACAAAUCCUUUUCAGUCUGGAUGGAUGCCGCUGUCACAUCUUGUUUUGCCGCCAUAUUCGGUAACAUGUGGAUGUGGGGUAACUGGCCAGAUGAAAUUAAGGAUGUCCAGGAGUUCACUACCACCUCAGCCUUGUUUAAACUUUAUCCGAUAGUGGCCUCCACAGUCAUAUGGGGCACAUGCUGGUCAGGUAAUAUGGUACGUUGUUUUUCCAACAACAUGGCAACGUGCCAUAUUGUUAAGAAAGGACGGUCCCUGACCAUCAUGUGUUUCAUGAGGAAGUUGACAUGGCUGGCGGCUAAGCAUGAAUUUUUCCUGACAUUUAUACUUAUUCCGGGGGUCCUGAAUAUCGCAGCUGAUCAUUUGUCUCGAUAUCAAUUUCAGGAGUUCCGGACAGCAUUGCCAACAGCAGACUAAGUAGCCACUCUGGCUCCACAGUGGCAGGACAUGGUUAUGGAUUAGAUAAUUUACUUGCUCACGGGCGUCACCUCUCACACCUAGGUCUUUCUGCAAACACAAGGAAAUCCUAUGAUAGGGCUUUUUACAUUUUCAAUAGAUUUUUGCUGGAGUUUCACAUCACGGACAAGUUCUCCAUGGGAACAUUGGUAGCGUUCAUCUCUUUUUCCACCUGCACCUAAAGCUAUCCUUCAACACCAUUACAUUAUACAUUAUACAACACUACAUCCUCACCACAUGGCCUGAUAAACAACACUUCUUGUCAUCCUAUCAGGUUAAAGCCAUAUUAAAAGGUAUGAAAGACUCCUCACCUAUAUCUACACCUUCCACGAUCACAUGUUCCAAUCACUUUCAGAUCUCCUAGAUGCAUCACCAUGCGAGACCCAAACAAAUCACGGCCAUCUAUUUAGCAUUCUUUGGCUUUCUCUGACCUAGAGAAUUCACCAACACUAACUCAGCUAACUUCGUCACCAAAGCACAACUGGUAAAAGCACACAACCACUACAUACUUUCACUAAAACACAUAAAACCUGGUGGAAAGGGUCAGGCAGUAAAAAUCACAUAUUACCCACAGGCAAUCAAUGGUGCUCCGUCAUAGUCUUGGACCAUUACCUUUCCUACAAUCAAAAUACCCCUAAUCAACCACUUCUGGCUUCACACGGGAAAACACUCACCACUAGCAGGUUCAUGCUGUAUGUGUUAGAAUGUUACUGGUACGGUUAGGUGUUAACCCGGCUAAUUACUCAGGUCAUUCAUUCCGUAUUGGGGCAGCCACCAUGGCUUCCAAAAGAAAUAUUCCCGUACACAUCAUCAAAACCUUAGGUAGAUGGAAAUCCAAUGCCUACACUAGAUACCGACCUCAACCUACACAAGAGAUAUUAAGCAUUCUGGAACAUGUUAAUGUGAUGUAUCCCUGUUGUAUUUGUAGGCCGAAUAAAUUUUGUUAUGAUAUCUCUUUUUGCCAUCUUUAUUUCAGGCCUACCACAUUGUCGGUUCUGGCACACCACAACCAACUUUUGUUUCAUUCCUGUGUGUCUUAUUCCCUAAACUCUACGGCUUUUGAGGCCCUGAACACAAAUAGAAAGGCUGGGCGUAAUAUAUAUAUAUAUAUAUAUAUAUAUAUAUAUAUUUAUAUUAAUAUUAUGUAUAUAGUUUACAGGUCACUGUUUGACAUAUUUUUGCUCCCUUUCUUGUUCUGAUUCAAAUUCUGAAUUGGAAUAUCUGUUGAGCCGGACUGACAUUCGGCUGAAAUUCGGGCGUCUCAAAAGUCUAUUUUAUAUUUACUGCUCAAGAUUCUCAAAAAAUGCAUUAUAGACAGGGUUUCUUCCGAUUGACUUCUUUAUCACCAACAAAAAAAACCCACAAUCUUCACAAAUUUAUGAAUGUGUGUUCAUUUAUUCUUUGUAUAAAUAAGGAGUUUCUGACCCAAGAAAACAACGUCCCCCUUUUUUUUUCUCAUGAAACAUCUUUGCAUGUUGUUUGUCACAUCACCCCCAUUUCCUUAAUGGCAAAUAUGCCUCGUUAUGCAGCAUUUGUUCAGGUCCAUUCUAAACAUUAAGUGUAUUUAAACUAACAUUUCAUGAUUAAAAAACAGAAGAAAAUAGUCAACUAUUUGUUCAUAAUUUUAAAAGAAACUUUCUAGAUACCCUUUCUACAUGUACGUAUGCUAGUUUCAUUGUUGGACUUUUCUAGUAGAGGUCGAUGUAAGAUAGUGAAUGAAUAUUUAUUUGAAAUGAUGAAGAAAAGAAAUUAUAAAAACUCUAUUAAUAAAUUUCUCUUUGGAAUCCCACAUGGAAUAACGGUCAAAUGGAUUUAAAAUCUCUGGAUAAGCUAACUAUAAUUAAUCUUGACAUAAUUAAAAACAAAACAACCAUGACUAAUGAAUCAAUUAAACAGUUAUUAAUUUGAAUUUAAUUUAAGGAGAUGUGCAAAAGAAUCCAAUUUUGAUGGAAGUUAAAACUAUGGUAGAUGGCCUGACUAUCAAAGUCAGUUUUAACCUCCAGCAACACAAACAGAAAAUUAAAAAACAAACAUAGAGAUUCACAGAGGGAGACAGAGACCACACUUUUACUGGAACAAUUAAUUUAGAAUUUUAAAUUCACUGCAAAUUCAUCAGUGUUUUAAUUACAUGUCCUGCUAUUCAUUAACACCGAAAACUGCUCACAAAUAAGUUCAGAAAAUACUUUCCUAAUUUUACAGCUAAUUUAUAAAUUAUAUUCUAUCAAACAUUUUGCUACAUUGCAAUCACUUUUUCAAAGUCCAGCUCUGAAACUGUUAAGAAAAUAUUCCUUACAACAAUCACACCCCUCUGUUCGUAUUGAGUUACCUUCAUGCCUGGUCAUAUCGAUUAUCUUGUAAAAUGGUCUCUUUUAUUACAGGUUGAUGGAAUUCUGUGUUUAACGGACAUUCUCACCGAUGAAGCCCAAAGUGAAGCUUGCAGAGCGGAAGCUGCGGCUGUGGUAGCGCAGAUCACAUCUCCACACCUCACAUUUACUCAACAUCUCAGCAGCUUCAUUGAGAAUAUGGAGGAAUUGGUCACUGCUCUGUUAAGUGAGUGAAGGGGCAUAUACGAAGAUACCGGACCGGGAGUGUGUUUCAGGAUAAGGGAAAUCAUGAAGAAGAGGUCAGAGAAUAGGGAGCAGAUACAAAUCAUAAAUGAUGGAGGAAAGAUAAGUGCAAGAAAAAUAAUCUUAAUGCAAUGAGGAGAAGUGUAGAACAUUAUUAUUAAUAUUAUUAUUGAUAAAGCACCAACAAAUUCCGCAGAGAUGUGCAACUAACAAACACGUGUUUGCAACAAGGCAUGUUAGAUGUAUAGGAACAGAAGGUUCUGAGGGCCCUGCUCAAACCAGCUUGCACUCUAAGGGGAGUAGUUGAAAGUGACACAAGAGGUAUGGGUACAAUGCAUUUUAUGUACUGGAACAGUAAAUUGCUAGAAGUAUACAAUGAAUGCAAAGUUUUCCAAAAAAGAGGCAGUUGCAGAAGAGAAGGUGGGUUGUUGAGGUGUGGGGAGGGGAUUGACAUGCUUUCUAGAAGAAGUGAAAUAUCAGAGAUUUAUUGAAGCAUAGAGACUGCGUGAGUGUCUAAUGGAAUGGUGCAUCCUUAGAGACGUCUUUAAAAUUAGACUCAGAGGUGCGAGUACGAACAGGGGAUAGAUGCAGGUCUUCAGCACAACAAUGGGUGUGAACAUGUAGAGACAAUAGUUUGAAAGCAAAGAGUUCAUGAUGCUACAUGAUAUUCUUAGAAUAGAAGAGUAGGGCUGGGUAGCUGACAAGUGUAUGAUGGGACACUUGGCAAGGGUUUGGUGGAGCAGUUUGCAGGGUGUGGUGAAGGAGUUGUCCAGGGUGUGAUGGAGUAGUAGGACAGAGUGUGAUGAAACAAUUGGGCAGUAUGCUAUUGAACAUUUGGGAAGUAUGUGAUAGAACAGUUGGACAGUAUGCUGUAGAACAGUUGCGCAGUAUGCAAUGGAACAGUUGGGUAGUAUGUGAUGGAACAGUUAAGCAGUAUGAAAUGGAACAGUUGGGCAGUCUGCUAUGGAACAGUUGGGCAGUGUGUGUUGGAACAUUUGUGCAGUAUGCUAUGGAACAGUUUGGAAGUAUGUGAUUCAAUAGUUGGGUAGUAUGCGAUGGAACAGUUAGACAGAUUGUUAUGAAACAGUUGGGCAGUAUGUGAUGGAACAUUUGGGCAGUAUGUUAUGGAACAUUUGGGCAGUAUGUUAUGCUAGUUGGGCAGUGUGCGAUGUAAUAGUUGGGUAGUAUGCGAUGGAACAGUUGGGUAGUAUGCUAUGGAACAGUUGGGUUGUUAGCGAUGGAACAGUUGGGCAGAUUGCUUUGGAACAGUGGGGCAGGGCUUGAUGGAGGAAUCGGACUGAGCAGGCUGUGAAGGAUGAAUUGGUUAGUGUAAAAGAGAAUUGUAGUAUGGAUUGGUUAAAUAGGUGGAAAUAAAGAGGCAUAGAUAUAGGAAUAAUGAAGACAUAACAAGUAUAACAGUUUUUCCAGGAAGGUAGGGGGUAUAGAGUAUGGAGCUGCAUUGUAUGGAACAGUGAGACUGUAAGCAUUGAUGAUUAGAGAUGACAAGGAUUUUAGAAACAAAGCAAAUGAUGUGAGUUGGUAAGAAAGGAUAGAUAGAAUGGAAUAAAAGGAGGACAAACGGCAAAUAAAUACCAAAGAAAAAUGUGGGAAAAGUUGUAUGCCAAUUCUGGCCAUAUAAUUGAAGAUUAUGCUAGCGUUAGUGUACUUAUAAUCUUAAUUUUAAUAACGACAGGAGGCAAGUAUUUUGCAUUACUCUCUUUACUAAACUCCACAGCAGUAAAGAAAGUGAAACAUUUAACCAAUCAAAAAUGCAGUAGGGAGUAUGAUAUUCCCAGGGCCGUCUUUAACGCGGGGCAAACGGGGCAGCUGCCCCGGGCCCAGUUUCUCUUGGGGGGCCCAAGGCACCUGCCCCGUGGGCCCCGCUGACCCCGGAGGGCGGGUGGCCGGUCGGGCAGGAAGGCGGGUGCGCGAGGGAGCACUCACUGCUUCCUCUUCAGCUCCCUCGCGCACCGCACUGAUGCCGGAGCCGGAAGAUGACGUCAUCUUCCGGCGCCGGCAUCCCUACGCGGCGCGCGAUGGAGCUGAAGAGGAAGCAGUGAGUGCUCCCUCGCGCGCCCGCCUUCCUGCCCGACCGGCCACCCGCCCAGGAGCCCCACUGGACCCCAGGGAAUCCCCCCAGCACUCCAAAAGGUAAGGAGGCUGGGGGGAUUAUAUUUAAAAAAAAAAAAAUGUGUGUUUGUGUGUAUGUGUGUGUUAGUGUAUGUGUUUGUGUGUGUGUGUAUUUGUGUGUUAGUGUAUGUGUGUUAGUGUAUGUGUGUGUUAGUGUAUGUAUGUGUGUGUUUGUGUGUUAGUGUGUCUGUUUGUGUGUUAGUGUAUGUGUGUGUUAGUGUAUGUGUGUGUUAGUGUAUGUGUGUGUGUCAGCAUGUCUGUGUCAUGUCUGUGUGUGUGUCAGUAUGUCUGUCUGUCUGUGUGUCAGUAUAUAUGUGUGUGUAUAUCUGUGUGUGUCAGUAUGUGUAUGUGUCAGUAUGUCUGUCAGUGCGUCAGUAUGUCUGUUAGUGCAUGUGUAUGCAUGUGUCAGUAUAUCUGUCUGUGUGCCAGUAUGUCUGUGUGUGUGUGUGUCAGUAUAUCAGUCUGUGUGUGUCAGUGUAUGUGCCUGUGUGUGUGUGUCAGUAUUUCUCAGUGUAUGUGGGUGUCAGUAUAUCUGUCAGUGUGUGGGUGUCAGUAUUUCUGUCAGUGUAUGUGUGUCAGUAUGUUGAUCAGUGUAUGUGUCUGUGUGUGUGUGUCAGUAUGUCGGUAUAUGUGUCUGUGUGUCAGUAUGUUUGUAUAUGUGCCUGUGUCAGUAUGUCUGUCAGUACGUCUACCAGUGUAUGUGUCUGUGUGUGUGUCAAUAUAUGUACCUGUGUCAGUGUGUCUGUCAGUGUAUGUGCCUGUUUAUCUGUAUGUAGUCAGUGUAUGUAUCUGUGUAUCUGCUUGUGCGUCAGAGUGUGUACCUGUGCAUCUGAGCCGCAACUUUAAAUACAAAUACACCCCUCCAUUCAAACUUCAACACUACAUAUAAAACACACUCCUGCAUUGAAACGUCAACACUACAUACAAGCACACUCCUACAUUCAAAAACAAACACUACACAUAAAUGCACACUUGCAUUCAAACUCUAGUACCACAUACAAACACAUUCACACAAAUAUACUCCAUACAAACACAUGCUUACAUUCAAACAUACUAACAUGGCUCAGUGCUAAAUACAACCCUGCAAGCAUGGGAAAUUGGUAGAGUCCCAGCUGUCAAAGCAUUGUUGGAGUUGCACGACAGAUGGGGUUCUACCUUUAGUCCAACCUUGCAAUUGGGGGUCCCAAUAAAAUUCAUUCUACUUUAGUACCGCCACUGCGUUGGGAUGGAUGCCGUGAUUGCAUACCAGGGAGUGAGGGGCGAGAGCGGCAGGGCACAGGGGGCCCAAGCAAACACUUGACCAGGGUCCAUUCGUUAUUAAAGACGGCCCUGGAUAUUCCCAGUCAAUAGGCUCCUCCCCCUCUUUUGGAAGCGACAUCGUAAUCAGGGAAGAAGUUCAAGAUAUAGAGUCUGUAACCAGCACCAACUGAUGAAAAUUCCAAUAGAACGAUGGUCUUGAGGAAGAUCAGUAACAAAUAUCAACGGUUGAAAGUCCAACAGGGACGAUGGUCUUCAUGGGUUGAGCAGUAAUCUGCAGUUUCCUGCAGUUAUUCCAUGCUCUCGUGAAAUUACACUGAAAGAGAAUGUGAAAUGGGUUAGGCACUGAUCUCCAAACUGGUUGUAGCAAUGAUAGCGGCCCCUGGCUUAAUAAUACAAUAUUCUUAUUUACUGGUUGGCUAUACCAUGACAAACUCUAACCAUAGUUAAGUGUGGUGGUAACCUAGACACAUAUUGUCUCGAAUAGAGCUAGAUAUCAGGAAAAAACGUGAAUAAUAUAGUGAUUCAGAGAUUCCCCUCUUCCCUGGGUGGGAAAGGGUGGGAAAAUACUUGUCUCCUGUCAUUAUUAAAAUUAAGAUUAUAAGUACACUAACGCUAGCAUAAUCUUCAGUUUUAUCACAUGACAGGAGGCUUCCUAUUUUGCUUUUUUUAACGCUGUUGUAUGAGUGACAUAGCCGCACCGAAGUUCGGGCGGAAGUAGAAAGUGCGGAACGUUGAUUCUCUUGACCAGUCUGCUGAAUGUAGGAUAUCUGAUAGCGAGGUGCCCACCGCGAAGGCCGAGGACGCCGCCACGCCGCGUACCGAGUGUGCCCCGAAGGAAGCAUCUACGCCUGCUAAAGACAGUAUCCAACGAACCCAUCUGGCGAGGGUGGUCGUUGAAAUGGGAACGUGUGGUCUAACAUAUGAUACCAGGAGUUGGCCUGAGGACGGGGUCCGAAUUGGUAAUGUAACUUCCACGUAUCGUCGUAGGGUGGAGAUGACGCAGAGUUGUGGAUCUGAGGUGAAGAAGUGGUAGAAAACCGACGUAGAGUCCGAUUUUGUGCGACGGGAUACCCGGAACGUGACUCCCUCCGGAGAUACUGAAAAUGCCUGAACAUCCGAAACUAGGCAAAGCAGAACCGUGAGUUUUGCUGAGAGUUGUCGAAAGGACAGUCUGUCUUUCGACGGCCAGUCUCUCAGAAAGCAGAGAACCACAUCUACGUCCCAGAGUCGUGAAUAUUUGGGGCCUGGGGGUCGUUGCAGUCAGAUGUCCUUUAGGAGUCGACACACCAAUGGGUCUUUCCCUACCGGGAUCCCUAAUAUAGCUACGUUAAGUGAUCUGUAUGAUCAACCAGUCAAGAAGAGGUGAGAUAGAAAGUUUCAAACGGCUGGAAUAGUGGCUGUAAAUGGAUGCACCAAGUGGACCAGGAAUUCCAAGCAGAUAGGUAGCAUCUUCUGGUUCCUGGAGCACAUGAUACCCAUAUGAGGUCCCUAGCAACCUGCGAUAGUUCCCCGACUUGCCAGGCACCCCUGAAAGAGUCCAAGCCACCAGGGUGAGUCGAUUGUCUAGUAUCAGUGGGUGAGGAUUGCCUUUCAGAUCCGUGAGGAGGUAUGGAUGGUGAGGCAGUAAGAGAGGAUCCCUGUAUGAUAGUGCCAGGAGAUCCGGGAACCAUGGUUGUCCCCUCCAUAAAGGAAUGAUGAGCAAUAAAGAGACUUGUUGACUUUUCAGGUAGUGGAUGGUCCUUGCUAUCAUGGCAAAGGGAGGGAAGGCGUAAACUCCCGUGUUUGGCCACGGUUGUAGGAAUGCAUCUACUGCUUUGCUCUCCAAAUCUGGGAGCCAGCUGAAGUACACUCGUGUUUGCCUGUUGUUGCGUGACCGCUUUGCUCUCCAAAUCUGGGAGCCAGCUGAAGUACACUCGUGUUUGCCUGUUGUUGCGUGACGCAAACAGAUCCAGGUGAAAUGGGCCCCGGAGUUCCGUUAUGUGGUUGAAGAUCCGUGGAUCCAGUGUCCAAUCGCUUGUGUCUCACCAGUGGAGUGAGAACCAGUCUGCCGUGAGGUUCGUCUCCCCUGGGAGGUAUUCCGCUUUGAGGGAGAUGUUGCGAGGUAGACAGAAAUCAAAAAUCUCUUUCGCCUAGGCAGUUGAUGUAGCGGACUGCUGAGAUGUUGUCCAUCCUGAGUCUUUUGCCAGGCUGUGGAAUGGCGAAGGAUCCUGCCAGAAGCUCUAAGCAAUUUAUGUGCAUGUUGAGGUCCUGGGAGGUCCAGGCGGCCUCCUGUUGAAGUGUCUUUGCUUGUCUCGCCCCAUCCCCAGAGGCUGGCGUCCGAUUCCAGGACUAUGUCGGGUGUGUUGCCGAAAAUGGCUCGACCGUUCCAUGCCUCCAUGCUGUCUAGCCACCAUCUGAGUUCGUCUCUGACUUCCUCCGUUAUGGGGAUCAGUUGGUCGUAAGAGGGAUUUUGUCUGAGGCAGGAUGCAUUGAGUCGUUGCAUCGCCCUGUAGUGGAGUGGACCGGGGAAGAUAGCUUGUAUGGAAGCCGAGAGGAGUCCCACCAGUCGGGCAAGGGCGCAGAGUGGAAUGGUGUGGCACCGCAUGGCCCUGCGUAGUUCUUUGCGAAUGGUAGUCGUAGCAUGCUGGUGGUGGUGUCUAUCUUAAAUCCUAAAAAUUGCACUGUUUGAGAUGGAUGGAUGGAUGGCUGACUUUUGGAAGUUCACGACGAAGCCCAGGGAUGAUAGGAGAUCCAUGGUAUAUUGUGUUUGCCGUACCAGUCUGGACCUGUUGGAGCAGAACAGUAGGAGGUCGUCCAGGUAUAUAAUGCAGCGAAUUCCUUGUGUUCGAAGAUGAGCAACCACGGGCUUCAGUAAUUUGGUGAAGCACCAUGGGGCCGAACUGAGGCCAAAGGGAAGGCAUGUGAACUGCCAGGGAAGGUCUUGCCAGAGGAAACGUAGUAAUUGUCGACAGGAGUGGUUGACGGGUACUAAUAGAUAUGCAUCCUUUAGGUCUAGCCUUGUGAACCAAUCUUUGUCUUGUAAUAGGUCCUUCAGAAGAUGUAUGCCUUCCAUCUUGAAGUGCCUGUAUGUGACGUAUUAGUUGAGUCGUCUCAAGUUGAUGAUGUGUCGAAAUUCUCCCAUUUUCUUCUUCACCAAGAAUAUGUUGCUGAAGAAUCCUUCGGGGCCGGAGGCAGGUUCGAUUGCCCCUUUCGAGUAUAGUUCUUGCAACUCGUUGUGUAUGAGGGUACGGUCUUCAGUAGAACAGCUGAUGGGGUGUGGGUCCCUUUGACGUGGAUGGUCUACAAAGUCGAUGAUGUAGCCCUGUAUCGUUUGUAGGACCAAUGCGUCUGUGGAGAUGGUCGUCCAUUCCUGAAAAAACAGAGAGAUGCAACCUGAUGUACGCAGUGGGAGGGAAAAAUGUGUUAGAUGGUUGCUUACCGGUAGAGAAUUGUGCUCUGCCUCGGGUACGCGGUCCUCGACCUCUGUCUGCACCUUGGGUGUAGGAGAAUGGUUGACGAUAUCCCACUUCUGGGUAGAAAGGCUGGGGCCUUGAAGUGCGGGGGCCUGAGGGCCAGAAAUGGCUGGCAGCACGGCCCCUUUGGUGGCCAGCCCAUCCAAAAACACCUAUGGUGGGGUUGUGUCUGAAGACUCUCCUCAUCGAGCAUUGAGCCUUAUUCAGAGAAGUAAAUAUGUUUACGUGCCUGUUUAACUCUUUAACCCCUUAAGGACCAAACUUCUGGAAUAAAAGGGAAUCAUGACAUGUCACACAUGUCAUGUGUUCUUAAGGGGUUAAGGAAAGGGUCUCUGAAUAGUUUGCCCUGUGCCAACGGACCUAAUUCUUUGGUCCCAAAUUCCACCAAUUUUCCGUCAAGACGGAGUAGUGCUGCUUUGCGCCACUCGGAUGAGAGGGCGACAUUUGCGUUACCCACAAAGCAGAAACAUCAUUGUGCCCACACCGGCACAUCAUGAGCCCAUUCGCACACCACGGUUGUGUCAAAUUGGUUUGCUCUGGCAAGGGCAUUGUCAGCUACAUACAUGAUUCUGGCUAGUGGUCCCACUGAGUCCAGUAGUUUAUCCUGUACCCCUCUGAAACCCUUUUCCACCCCUUUAUGGGGGUCGCAGCCCCUUCGAGACAUAAAGGUGGUCAUCACCUGAUCGAACUCGGGUUUUUCUGUUACAUGAUCAAGUAGCUAGGGUAGUGGGCAUUCUGACCGCAGCCCGUUGCGAACGGUCUUGUCUAAGGAUUUUCGUAGCCAGAGAUGCAUACAUUUUGCGAGAUGAUCCGGGGGUGUCCAGUCCCCUGAGCGUGGAUGUCGUAUGUUUCUCGGGUCAAAGAGUCUGUGGCUCGAUUGAUCAAAGAUGGCGUCUUCGUCCUCUUGCGGGGCUUCCACGGAAUCAGGGUCUAUGGAGUCUCCCUGCAAGUUGUUUUGUAAAAAAACAGGUUGGGGUUCAGAGUCUGAGCCCCAUGCGUCAUCCUCUGAGUCUGACCAAUCUGCUUGCCAUUCAUCCAGGACAGCCAUGGAUUUUGUGCGGGUGUCAUCUUCAUCCAAGGAGUCUUCGUGUUGUACUGUUGUGGUGGUGACCAUUGAGGGUUUGUGACGUUUGGCAGGGGUCUUACCCUUGGUCGGGUUCUGGAGCCCAUUUUCCCCAUUCCAGUGACGUUUGCCAGUGGGGGUUUCUUGGCUCAUGUGAGAUUCUGGGGCUUCAGAAUCUGAGUCGUUGUGGGAUUGGUGGGAUUUUGAUGGUUUCCUCUUAUCAGAGUUAGAGGCCAUCAUUUUGGAGAGGGCCUUCUCCAUGGAGGCGGCUACGGCCUCAUUUAUCAUAGCUUGGAAGUCUGUCAUUUGAGAGGCUUCCAUCUUGUCAAUUGGUAAUAUAUAUAUAUAUAUAUAUAUAUAUAUAUAUAUAUAUAGGUGUGGCACAGGGCAGAGGUCAGUGAAGCUGGAUCUGUAACCCCAAUUCUAAAGAAGCCCAAUCUUGACUGUAACUCCCCAUCCAACUAUCGUCCUAUCUUGCUACUGCCUUUUGCAUCCAAGAUCCUUGAAAAAAUUGUGUAUGCGAGAUUGACAGACUUCCUCGAGUCCAACUCUCUGCUAGACCCGCUUCAGUCUGGUUUCCGCGCUAAGCACUCUGUGUAAACGGCACUGACCAAAGUAUCCAAUGAUCUACUCGCUGUAAAAUCUCGUGGUCACUACUCUAUCCUAAUUCUCCUUGACCUGUCUGCGGCUUUUGACACUGUUGAUCAUCAACAGCUUCUUCUCAUCCUCCGCAAUAUCGGUCUACAAGAUACUGCUCUCUCCUGGUGCUCCUCCUACCUCUCCCAGCGCUCUUUCAGUGUUUCUUUCUCUGGCUCUGCUUCUUCUCCCCAACUCCUCUCUGUUGGUGUCCCCCAAGGUUCAGUCCUUGGUCCCCUACUGUUCUCCAUCUAUACUGCCUCCCUUGGUAAACUCAUUAGCUCCUUUGGCUUCCAAUAUCAUUUCUAUGCAGAUGACACCCAAAUCUACCUGUCCUCUCCUGAUCUCUCCCCGUCCCUCUUGACUAGUGUCUCUGACUGCCUCUCUACUGUUUCUAACUGGAUGGCUGCCCACUUCCUUAAACUAAACUUGACCAAAACUGAAAUUCUGGUCUUUCCUCCCUCAAGUGUUGUUACUCCUGUGUCUGUCUCCCUCCAAGUCAACGGUGCUACCAUCAGCUCCACCAUGCAGGCUCGCUGCCUAGGUGUUCUCUUUGACUCCGACCUCUCCUUCAAGCCUCAUGUUCAAUCUAUUGCCAAAUCCUGUCAUUUCCAUCUAAAAAACAUUGUGCGCAUCCGCCCCUACUUAACGCCAGAUGCGACUAAGGUGUUGGUCCAUUCCACUGUACUUUCUCACCUUGACUACUGUGAUCCGCUUCUCAGUGGUCUUACGUGCUCCCAACUAGCGCCGUUACAGUCCAUAAUGAAUUUGGCGGCAAGGCUCAUCAUCCUGUCCGCCCGCACCUCCAAUACCUCACCCUUCUGUCAAUCCCUACAUUGGCCACCAGGGUGAGUCGAUUGUCUAGUAUCAGUGGGUGAGGAUUGCCUUUCAGAUCCGUGAGGAGGUAUGGAUGGUGAGGCAGUAAGAGAGGAUCCCUGUAUGAUAGUGCCAGGAGAUCCGGGAACCAUGGUUGUCCCCUCCAUAAAGGAAUGAUGAGCAAUAAAGAGACUUGUUGACUUUUCAGGUAGUGGAUGGUCCUUGCUAUCAUGGCAAAGGGAGGGAAGGCGUAAACUCCCGUGUUUGGCCACGGUUGUAGGAAUGCAUCUACUGCUUUGCUCUCCAAAUCUGGGAGCCAGCUGAAGUACACUCGUGUUUGCCUGUUGUUGCGUGACCGCUUUGCUCUCCAAAUCUGGGAGCCAGCUGAAGUACACUCGUGUUUGCCUGUUGUUGCGUGACGCAAACAGAUCCAGGUGAAAUGGGCCCCGGAGUUCCGUUAUGUGGUUGAAGAUCCGUGGAUCCAGUGUCCAAUCGCUUGUGUCUCACCAGUGGAGUGAGAACCAGUCUGCCGUGAGGUUCGUCUCCCCUGGGAGGUAUUCCGCUUUGAGGGAGAUGUUGCGAGGUAGACAGAAAUCAAAAAUCUCUUUCGCCUAGGCAGUUGAUGUAGCGGACUGCUGAGAUGUUGUCCAUCCUGAGUCUUUUGCCAGGCUGUGGAAUGGCGAAGGAUCCUGCCAGAAGCUCUAAGCAAUUUAUGUGCAUGUUGAGGUCCUGGGAGGUCCAGGCGGCCUCCUGUUGAAGUGUCUUUGCUUGUCUCGCCCCAUCCCCAGAGGCUGGCGUCCGAUUCCAGGACUAUGUCGGGUGUGUUGCCGAAAAUGGCUCGACCGUUCCAUGCCUCCAUGCUGUCUAGCCACCAUCUGAGUUCGUCUCUGACUUCCUCCGUUAUGGGGAUCAGUUGGUCGUAAGAGGGAUUUUGUCUGAGGCAGGAUGCAUUGAGUCGUUGCAUCGCCCUGUAGUGGAGUGGACCGGGGAAGAUAGCUUGUAUGGAAGCCGAGAGGAGUCCCACCAGUCGGGCAAGGGCGCAGAGUGGAAUGGUGUGGCACCGCAUGGCCCUGCGUAGUUCUUUGCGAAUGGUAGUCGUAGCAUGCUGGUGGUGGUGUCUAUCUUAAAUCCUAAAAAUUGCACUGUUUGAGAUGGAUGGAUGGAUGGCUGACUUUUGGAAGUUCACGACGAAGCCCAGGGAUGAUAGGAGAUCCAUGGUAUAUUGUGUUUGCCGUACCAGUCUGGACCUGUUGGAGCAGAACAGUAGGAGGUCGUCCAGGUAUAUAAUGCAGCGAAUUCCUUGUGUUCGAAGAUGAGCAACCACGGGCUUCAGUAAUUUGGUGAAGCACCAUGGGGCCGAACUGAGGCCAAAGGGAAGGCAUGUGAACUGCCAGGGAAGGUCUUGCCAGAGGAAACGUAGUAAUUGUCGACAGGAGUGGUUGACGGGUACUAAUAGAUAUGCAUCCUUUAGGUCUAGCCUUGUGAACCAAUCUUUGUCUUGUAAUAGGUCCUUCAGAAGAUGUAUGCCUUCCAUCUUGAAGUGCCUGUAUGUGACGUAUUAGUUGAGUCGUCUCAAGUUGAUGAUGUGUCGAAAUUCUCCCAUUUUCUUCUUCACCAAGAAUAUGUUGCUGAAGAAUCCUUCGGGGCCGGAGGCAGGUUCGAUUGCCCCUUUCGAGUAUAGUUCUUGCAACUCGUUGUGUAUGAGGGUACGGUCUUCAGUAGAACAGCUGAUGGGGUGUGGGUCCCUUUGACGUGGAUGGUCUACAAAGUCGAUGAUGUAGCCCUGUAUCGUUUGUAGGACCAAUGCGUCUGUGGAGAUGGUCGUCCAUUCCUGAAAAAACAGAGAGAUGCAACCUGAUGUACGCAGUGGGAGGGAAAAAUGUGUUAGAUGGUUGCUUACCGGUAGAGAAUUGUGCUCUGCCUCGGGUACGCGGUCCUCGACCUCUGUCUGCACCUUGGGUGUAGGAGAAUGGUUGACGAUAUCCCACUUCUGGGUAGAAAGGCUGGGGCCUUGAAGUGCGGGGGCCUGAGGGCCAGAAAUGGCUGGCAGCACGGCCCCUUUGGUGGCCAGCCCAUCCAAAAACACCUAUGGUGGGGUUGUGUCUGAAGACUCUCCUCAUCGAGCAUUGAGCCUUAUUCAGAGAAGUAAAUAUGUUUACGUGCCUGUUUAACUCUUUAACCCCUUAAGGACCAAACUUCUGGAAUAAAAGGGAAUCAUGACAUGUCACACAUGUCAUGUGUUCUUAAGGGGUUAAGGAAAGGGUCUCUGAAUAGUUUGCCCUGUGCCAACGGACCUAAUUCUUUGGUCCCAAAUUCCACCAAUUUUCCGUCAAGACGGAGUAGUGCUGCUUUGCGCCACUCGGAUGAGAGGGCGACAUUUGCGUUACCCACAAAGCAGAAACAUCAUUGUGCCCACACCGGCACAUCAUGAGCCCAUUCGCACACCACGGUUGUGUCAAAUUGGUUUGCUCUGGCAAGGGCAUUGUCAGCUACAUACAUGAUUCUGGCUAGUGGUCCCACUGAGUCCAGUAGUUUAUCCUGUACCCCUCUGAAACCCUUUUCCACCCCUUUAUGGGGGUCGCAGCCCCUUCGAGACAUAAAGGUGGUCAUCACCUGAUCGAACUCGGGUUUUUCUGUUACAUGAUCAAGUAGCUAGGGUAGUGGGCAUUCUGACCGCAGCCCGUUGCGAACGGUCUUGUCUAAGGAUUUUCGUAGCCAGAGAUGCAUACAUUUUGCGAGAUGAUCCGGGGGUGUCCAGUCCCCUGAGCGUGGAUGUCGUAUGUUUCUCGGGUCAAAGAGUCUGUGGCUCGAUUGAUCAAAGAUGGCGUCUUCGUCCUCUUGCGGGGCUUCCACGGAAUCAGGGUCUAUGGAGUCUCCCUGCAAGUUGUUUUGUAAAAAAACAGGUUGGGGUUCAGAGUCUGAGCCCCAUGCGUCAUCCUCUGAGUCUGACCAAUCUGCUUGCCAUUCAUCCAGGACAGCCAUGGAUUUUGUGCGGGUGUCAUCUUCAUCCAAGGAGUCUUCGUGUUGUACUGUUGUGGUGGUGACCAUUGAGGGUUUGUGACGUUUGGCAGGGGUCUUACCCUUGGUCGGGUUCUGGAGCCCAUUUUCCCCAUUCCAGUGACGUUUGCCAGUGGGGGUUUCUUGGCUCAUGUGAGAUUCUGGGGCUUCAGAAUCUGAGUCGUUGUGGGAUUGGUGGGAUUUUGAUGGUUUCCUCUUAUCAGAGUUAGAGGCCAUCAUUUUGGAGAGGGCCUUCUCCAUGGAGGCGGCUACGGCCUCAUUUAUCAUAGCUUGGAAGUCUGUCAUUUGAGAGGCUUCCAUCUUGUCAAUUGGUAAUAUAUAUAUAUAUAUAUAUAUAUAUAUAUAUAUAUAUAGGUGUGGCACAGGGCAGAGGUCAGUGAAGCUGGAUCUGUAACCCCAAUUCUAAAGAAGCCCAAUCUUGACUGUAACUCCCCAUCCAACUAUCGUCCUAUCUUGCUACUGCCUUUUGCAUCCAAGAUCCUUGAAAAAAUUGUGUAUGCGAGAUUGACAGACUUCCUCGAGUCCAACUCUCUGCUAGACCCAGCUUCAGUCUGGUUUCCGCGCUAAGCACUCUGUGGAAACGGCACUGACCAAAGUAUCCAAUGAUCUACUCGCUGCAAAAUCUCGUGGUCACUACUCUAUUCUAAUUCUCCUUGACCUGUCUGCGGCUUUUGACACUGUUGAUCAUCAACAGCUUCUUCUCAUCCUCCGCAAUAUCGGUCUACAAGAUACUGCUCUCUCCUGGUGCUCCUCCUACCUCUCCCAGCGCUCUUUCAGUGUUUCUUUCUCUGGCUCUGCUUCUUCUCCCCAACUCCUCUCUGUUGGUGUCCCCCAAGGUUCAGUCCUUGGUCCCCUACUGUUCUCCAUCUAUACUGCCUCCCUUGGUAAACUCAUUAGCUCCUUUGGCUUCCAAUAUCAUUUCUAUGCAGAUGACACGCAAAUCUACCUGUCUUCUCCUGAUCUCUCCCCGUCCCUCUUGACUAGUGUCUCUGACUGCCUCUCUACUGUUUCUAACUGGAUGGCUGCCCACUUCCUUAAACUAAACUUGACCAAAACUGAAAUUCUGGUCUUUCCUCCCUCAAGUGUUGUUACUCCUGUGUCUGUCUCCCUCCAAGUCAACGGUGCUACCAUCAGCUCCACCAUGCAGGCUCACUGCCUAGGUGUUCUCUUUGACUCCGACCUCUCCUUCAAGCCUCAUGUUCAAUCUAUUGCCAAAUCCUGUCAUUUCCAUCUAAAAAACAUUGUGCGCAUCCGCCCCUACUUAACGCCAGAUGCGACUAAGGUGUUGGUCCAUUCCACUGUCCUUUCUCACCUUGACUACUGUGAUCCGCUUCUCAGUGGUCUUACGUGCUCCCAACUAGCGCCGUUACAGUCCAUAAUGAAUUUGGCGGCAAGGCUCAUCAUCCUGUCCGCCCGCACCUCCAAUACCUCACCCUUCUGUCAAUCCCUACAUUGGCUUCCUAUAAAAUAUAGAGCUCAAUUUAAAAUUUUGGUUCUUGCUUUCAAAUCUCUACAUAAUCCUGCUCCCACCUAUCUAUCCUCCCUUAUACACAAGUAUGUCCCGUCUAGGCCCUUACGAUCUGCUGAAGACUUACGUCUAUCUUCUGUCCGUACUCCCACAUCUGAUGCUCGCCUUCAAGAUUUCUCAAGGGCUGCACCGUUCUUAUCGAACUCGCUUCCCUCCUCCGUUAAAUGCUCACCCAGUCUCUACUCUACUUCAAAAAAUCAUUAAAAACCCACUUCUUCAUAAAAGCGUAUCCAUUAAACUGUUAAUAGCUCCUGACUGAUUCCUCUUCUGCAACUGUCAUUAGUCUAAUACUAUCCUUACCUUUUUGUGUCAUUUUACCCCAGUCCCUCUAGCAUGUAAGCUCAUUGAGCAGGGCCCUCAAUCCCUCUGUUCCUGUGUGUCCAACUUGUCUGGUUACAACUACAUGUCUGUUCGUCCACCCAUUGUAAAGCGCUCCGGAAUUUGACGGCGCUCUAUAAAUAUCAUAAUAAUAAUAAUAAUAAUAAUAUGAAGUCACUGUAGUGACUAGCAGGGCAGCAGGGUGUUAUAUUAACGUGUGGAUCGUGGAAAAACACGUAGAAAUUAUAACCCUAGCAGGGUAUGUUAUAUGCAGUACCCCAGCAGGGUAUCUUUGUGGUUAUAGUGAUGGUAUAGAACCCCAGCAGGGUUUAUAUAGUGAGAAAUGUAAAACCCCAGCAGGGUAUAUACAGCAAGUGUUUGGCACUAGCAGUGUCAGUUUGCCCCAGCAGGGCAGGAGAAAACCACAGUUUUGGGUCUUUUAAGUAUAUAUAGAACUGGGCCUCACCCAGGGAAAACAGAGGUGGCCACAGGGCGACCUCCAGCAGCAGCACAUAGAGGAGCAGCACCCCAGCAAGGCACAGGUUAAUAAAAACCUUGUGCUAGAUACAGCUUAAAUAUGUGUAAAUAACUGACCUCUAGAUUCCGAUUAGUUGGAGAAACCAUUUUUUUCAGUAAAACGGAGCUGAGUACCGCCGUGUGUGACAGGCACUCGCAGGCGUUCCAAAAUGGCAGUCAUAGUCUUGCGAUAUGCGCGAACAAAGAUGGCCGCCACGUGCGCUGAAAAGUGCAUGUAAUGGAAGCGGGGGUAGGGAGAACUGAUUCUGAGAGCCGUCGAGAGAUGGCGGAACCGGGAUGUGAGGUGAGAUAUCAGCGGUAUUAGAAACCGUCUGGAUAGAGAGGGUCCGCUCGAGGGUGGACAAAUGAAAGUGGAAAAAAUGAUAAAGACAAACAAAUACUAAUAGUUAUUGGCUGACUAAAUAAUUGACAAAAUUGGUAAACAUAAGAUGGAAAUCAGUGUAAGUACUGAUGGCUAAAUAAAUAUACACAGGAGUGUAUGUGAAAAUAGAGAAAGGAUUAUUAGAUGAAAAAAUAAUAUACAAAGAAAUUUACAAAACUAAUAAGUACUAUAUGAAACAUUAAAUAAUCACAGGAGUAAUUACUUAAUAAAAUGCUUGACAAAUGCUAAUAAAGGGAAGAGCCAAAAACUCUGACCUGUCUGCGAUGGAGCAGUAAAGAAAGAGGGGGAGGAGCCUAUUUACUGGGAAUAUCAUACUCCCUACUGCAUUUUUGAUUGGUUAAAUGUUUCACUUUCAUUACUGCUGUGGAGUUUAGUAAAGAGAGUUAUGCAAAAUAGGAAGCCUCCUUUCAUGUGAUAAAAUUCAGAUUCAGCAAUGUUUUAAUCAACUACUGAUUUACAUUUCCCAAAUCUUUGCUGUUUACUGUUUACAAUUUGCUUGUAGUUUUAAUGUCUUUUUAGGGUGUUUCUUGUAUUCGUUAAUAUAUUUUUAAUAUAGGGCAAGUGUGAGUCACAUUGCAAGAAGGAUGAGUGAAAAAAAAAAAAAAAACACAGACAAGAAAUAAAACCAAACAAAACAACCACAUAUACAUCUAAUAAUAAUAAUUGAUAACAAUGUUAUUUCAUUAGAAGGUAGUCAUUCAUCCUGCUGAUUAUUAAAACCUCCCUAAUCGUAGCUCCAGACUAUUUUUUGAAUAAUUUGUCAUGGAUCUUAACCCUUUGCGUAUUGGAUAGAUGCUCAAAGAGUUAACGUAGCUGAAACCUUACAAAAGGUGGCAUUAUUGUGCCACCUUAGCGUUUCCUAUCCAAGACUUGUUAAGAUACAAAAUAAACAUAAAUAAACUACUGACACUAAGCUAGUUGUGAAAAUAACAUUGGCUUUACUCAAAGUAUACAGCUUUAGGGAAAGUUCUGGCAAAAAAAAUCAAAGUUGCCUACAUUUAUGGUGUUAGCAAAUGUUUGUAAAUUUAAUAGUCAAUUUCAGUGAAACAGAGAGUCAUUUGUGUGUCUAAUCUGUAAUCAUACGCUGCUAGAAGAGGAAUUAUGGUCCCUUUAUGCAUUCAGCUUGAAUUGCAGCAUAUUAUGUUUGUAUAAGGCCUCGCUAGUUCUAGUUAAAGACUCUAAACACAAGUCCUAUUUUUCAGGAAGAAAAUCUCGGGAGUCCAUACUGUAUCAAAAAACAGUAUUGUUCUACGUUUAAAAACAUUGGCCUGGUCUUCUUUUUUUUUAGUUUGAUGGAAUUAAAAAAAAAUAAUACGGCUGUUCCAUUAAUGGGGAAACAAAUUGCUUACUUUUUUAUACAAAAGGCAACAUAUUUCUCAGCCUCAUUUAAUAGGAGUGCAAAUGUCAAAAACAUGCAAAUUAGUUAAAUAAAAUGCAGAAAAAGCAAACAGUUUAGUCUUAUAUAAUUUUACAAUUUAAUAAUAUAAUUAAAAAAAAAUGUGACAUUACAAUUUUACAAUUAUGCUUACUAAAGGUUGAAUGCAAAUAUCAUAUUUCAGCUUAUUUAAAUCUAUUAGGGAAAGACAUUUAGAUUAUUUGCAAAUUAAAUAAGUCUGCUAUUCACUCAUUUUUAACCAAAAUAAAUCCAGCUAAAAAGACAGUACGGGGCCACAGAAACCAAGGAAAUGUAGUGGUUUGGCAAAUAUUGCAAUGUGUAUGCGAUGCAUAUAUAUUGUGAAGAUUGUUACAUUUAUUUGUUUUGUGUAUGUUGCGAUGUGAAGAUCAUUACAUUAAUGGUUGGACGUAUUGCAUUUUAAAGAUUGUUAUAUUUAAUGGUUUGGUGUAUGUUGCGAUGUGAAGAUCGUUUCAUUAAUGGUUUGGUGUAUGUUGCGAUGGAGAUUGUUACAUUAAUGGUUUAAUGUAUAUUGCGAUAUGAAUAGUGUUACAUUUCACAUGUUUUAUUUCCCAGAGUUAAGCCAGGAAGCCUCAUCCGCAGAAGUUUUCCUGCUUGCGUCAGCUGCGUUGGCUAACAUAACGUUUCUCGAUACGCUGUCCUGUGAAAUGCUACUUCAAAUGGAUGCCAUAAAAAUCCUCAUGACUGCUUGUUUGGACAAACAGAGGGUUAAUUCAUCUUAUGCCAGAGAUCAAGUAAGUCAGUCAUGCUUCAUUUUAUAAAAAUAACAAUACAUACAUAAUAUAAUAAUAUUACUGUGUGGAUAUGUAUACCUUGUGAGUGGGGGAUUGAUUUAGUUUAAUUGUGGCAUUAUCCUAUUUUAUUGGUGUGUGGCAUUGUCUUAUUUUAUCGGUAUGAGGCAUUGUGUUAUUUUAUCAGAGUGUGGCAUUGUGUUAUUUUAUUGGUGUGGAAAGUUGUGGGCAGUGUGUUACAUUAUUGGUGUGUAAUGUUGUGAGCAGUGUUUUAUAUUAUUGGUGUGUGGGGAUGUGGGUAUUGUGUUAUAUUAUUGGUGUGUGGGAAUGUGGGUAUUGUGUUAUAUUGUUGGUGUGUGGGAAUGUUGGGUAUUGUGUUAUAUUAUUGGUGUGUGGGAAUGUGGGUAUUGUGUUAUAUUGUUGGUGUGUGGGAAUGUGGGUAUUGUGUUAUAUUGUUGGUGUGUGGGAAUGUGGGUAUUGUGUAUUAUUGGUGUUAUAUUGUGUAUUAGUGUGUGGGAAUGUGGGGUGUUAUAUUGUUGGUGUGUGGGUGUUAUAUUGUUGGUGUGUGGGAAUGUGGGUAUUGUGUUAUGGGAAUUGUUGGUGUGUGGGAAUGUGGGUAUUGUGUUAUAUUAUUGGUGUGUGGGAAUGUUGGUAUUGUGUUAUAUUAUUAGUGUGUGGGAAUGUGGGUAUUGUGUUAUAUUGUUGGUGUGUGGGUAUUAUGUUAUAUUGUUGGUGUGUGGGAAUGUGGGUAUUGUGUUAUAUUAUUGGUGUGUGGGAAUGUGGGUAUUGUGUUAUAUUAUUGGUGUGUGGGAAUGUGGGUAUUGUGUUAUAUUAUUGGUGUGUGGGAAUGUGGGUAUUGUGUUAUAUUGUUGGUGUGUGGGAAUGUGGGUAUUGUGUUAUAUUGUUGGUGUGUGGGGAAUGUGUGUAUUGUGUUAUAGCAUUGUGUGUGGGAAUGUGGGUAUUGUGUUAUAUUGUUGGUGUGUGGGGAUGUGGGUAUUGUGUUAUAUUAUUGGUGUGUGGGAAUGUGGGUAUUGUGUUAUAUUGUUGGUGUGUGGGAAUGUUGGUAUUGUGUUAUAUUAUUGGUGUGUGGGAAUGUGGGUAUUGUGUUAUAUUGUUGGUGUGUGGGAAUGUUGGUAUUGUGUUAUAUUAUUAGUGUGUGGGAAUGUGGGUAUUUUGUUAUAGUAUUAGUGUGUGGGAAUGUGGGUAUUGUGUUAUAUUGUUGGUGUGUGGGAAUGUGGGUAUUGUGUUAUAUUGUUGGUGUGUGGGAAUGUGGGUAUUGUGUUAUAUUAUUGGUGUCUGGGAAUGUUGGUAUUGUGUUAUAUUAUUAGUGUGUGGGAAUGUGGGUAAUGUGUUAUAUUGUUGGUGUGUGGGUAUUAUGUUAUAUUGUUGGUGUGUGGGUAUUGUGUUAUAUUAUUGGUGUGUGGGAAUGUGGGUAUUUUGUUAUAGUAUUAGUGUGUGGGAAUGUGGGUAAUGUGUUAUAUUGUUGGUAUGUAGGGAAUGUGGGUAUUGUGUUAUAUUAUUGGUGUGUGGGAAUGUGGGUAUUGUGUUAUAUUGUUGGUGUGUGGGAAUGUGGGUAUUGUGUUAUAUUGUUGGUGUGUGGGGAAUGUGUGUAUUGUGUUAUAGCAUUGUGUGUGGGAAUGUGGGUAUUGUGUUAUAUUGUUGGUGUGUGGGGAUGUGGGUAUUGUGUUAUAUUAUUGGUGUGUGGGAAUGUGGGUAUUGUGUUAUAUUGUUGGUGUGGGUAUUUGUUAUAUUAUUGGUGUGUGGGAAUGUGGGUAUUGUGUUAUAUUAUUGGUGUGUGGGAAUGUGGGUAUUGUGUUAUAUUGUUGGUGUGUGGGAAUGUUGGUAUUGUGUUAUAUUAUUAGUGUGUGGGAAUGUGGGUAUUUUGUUAUAGUAUUAGUGUGUGGGAAUGUGGGUAUUGUGUUAUAUUGUUGGUGUGUGGGAAUGUGGGUAUUGUGUUAUAUUGUUGGUGUGUGGGAAUGUGGGUAUUGUGUUAUAUUAUUGGUGUCUGGGAAUGUUGGUAUUGUGUUAUAUUAUUAGUGUGUGGGAAUGUGGGUAAUGUGUUAUAUUGUUGGUGUGUGGGUAUUAUGUUAUAUUGUUGGUGUGUGGGUAUUGUGUUAUAUUAUUGGUGUGUGGGAAUGUGGGUAUUUUGUUAUAGUAUUAGUGUGUGGGAAUGUGGGUAAUGUGUUAUAUUGUUGGUAUGUAGGGAAUGUGGGUAUUGUGUUAUAUUAUUGGUGUGUGGGAAUGUGGGUAUUGUGUUAUAUUAUUGGUGUGUGGGAAUGUGGGUAUUGUGUUAUAUUAUUGGUGUGUGGGAAUGUGGGUAUUGUGUUAUAUUGUUGGUGUGUGGGAAUGUGGGUAUUGUGUUAUAUUAUUGGUGUGUGGGAAUGUGGGCAAUGUGUUAUAUUGUUGGUGUGGGUAUUAUGUUAUAUUAUUGGUGUGUGGGAAUGUGGGUAUUGUGUUAUAUUAUUGGUGUGUGGGAAUGUGGGUAUUGUGUUAUAUUGUUGGUGUGUGGGGAAUGUGUGUAUUGUGUUAUAGCAUUGUGUGUGGGAAUGUGGGUAUUGUGUUAUAUUGUUGGUGUGUGGGAAUGUGGGUAUUGUGUUAUAUUAUUGGUGUGUGGGAAUGUGGGUAUUGUGUUAUAGUAUUGGUGUGUGGGAAUGUGGGUAUUGUGUUAUAUUACUGGUGUGUUGGGAUGUGGGUACUGUGUAAUAGUAUUGGUGUGUUGGAAUGUGGGGACUGUGUAAUAGUAUUGGUGUGUGGGAUUGUAGGUAUUGUAUGAUAUGGUAUUGGUGUGUGGGAAUGUGGAUAUUUUGCUAUAUUGUUGGUGUGUGGGGAAUGUGGGUAUUGUGUUAUAGCAUUGUGUGUGGGAAUGUGGGUAUUUUGCUAUAUUGUUGGUGUGUGGGGAAUGUGGGUAUUGUGUUAUAGCAUUGUGUGUGGGAAUGUGGGUAUUGUGUUAUAUUACUAGUUUGUUGGAAUGUGGGUAUUGUGUUAUAGUAUUGGUGUGUGGGAAUGUGGGUAUUGUGUUAUAUCAGUGGUGUGUGGGAAUGUGGGUAUUGUGUUAUAUCAGUGGUGUGUGGGAAUGUGGGUAUUGUGUUAUAUUAUUGGUGUGCUGGAAUGUGGGUACUGCGUAAUAGUAUUGGUGUGUUGGAAUGUGGGGACUGUGUAAUAGUAUUGGUGUGUGGGAUUGUAGGUAUUGUAUGAUAUGGUAUUGGUGUGUGGGAAUGUCAGUAUUGUGUUAUAUUAGUGGUGUGUGGUAAUAUGGGUAGGGCAUUAUGUAAUAGCUGAGGCACAUUCUGGUGUAGGAACAUUGUUGCACUAGAGUGUUAAGUUUUAUUGACAAAUGUUCUUAUACGCCUUGAUUUUUUUUUUUUUAUUGAAUACAUUUUUCAAAUGAUUUAUUAUUUUUGGAUACAUUUUUAAAAUGAUUUAAUAUUUUGAAAAAUAUUUUUUUAAAAAUCAUAUUUAGAUUUUUCAAUAUAUAUAUAUUUAUUGAUUUAUUAUUUUAUUUUUUAUUUUAAUAGUUUGAAAAAGAUUUUAAAAGUUUAUCUUAACAUAUGAAAUAAUUUAAACAAAUUAUCCAAAAAUAUUAAGUCAAAGCCAGAGUAAUAUUGCACCCGCCACCUUAUAAAUCAAAUGGUGCAGACAUUUAUACCAUCUGAAUAAAAAACAACAAUGACAAUUUGCAAAACACAGAGUAGACGUGCACUCUCCAAAAGUAAUACAAGUAUAUAAUCAAAUGGUUGAUACUUAUAUAUGUACACAACACAGAUGGCAGGCGAAUAUCCGCAAUGGCUAAAAAAGAACAAUAUAAUACAUAGUGUGUACUGUAGGAUAAAAGUGAGUAAUAUAUAAUAAAUGGUUACACUCACAAAUUCCAGAGCCGUAUCAGGCUCUGUAAAGUAAGCCCAAUGGUGCCUGUACAGGCUAGCGGUGAAUACCCAUGGACCACUGUAGCAGAUGGAUCACGGAAGUAAGGAUAGCAGCAGCAGUAAAUUAAAAAUGCUAAGAUUUAUUAUAGUGAUAAAACACUAGAUAGUUAAAAUGAAAACAAGGACCUAUCUGACAUUUAUACAAUCUGCUCUUGAGGGAUUGGGGCUACUUAUGGUCACAUGGAAAUGGGAAACGCGAUCAGUUACAAUCCAAAUAAUAUGAGAUGGCCCUGGAUCUAUGUAGUAGUGGUUUGCUAACCAGGCUAUUUACCACGUUCCAAUCAGGAGUCUGAUACUAACCCGCAAACACCCUCAGAUAAUUAUUGGAGCACUUGAUAUGUUGGGGUCCUCGGUGCACACAUAGCUAACGAAAAAAAAUACAAAAUAAAAUAAUUUCAUUGGCAUGACUGGAUAACAUUCAAUUCCUUCCUCCUUUAAGACGCAGAUCUGGGAAGCACUAUGGCUGGUCCUGGAGUUUUCUGUCCCCAUUUUCCACCCUUCAUCCACUUUGGAUGCAUCAACAAGUGUAGCAAGACUCUCAGAUACUGUAGCAAGCUCGUUAAAUAAAUAUUCCUAUCAUCUCCUGGCUAUGGCACAAAUUCAGGGAAGAGGGCAGCGAGCAUUGCUCUUGGCAUUAUCCUUUAAGAAGGGGUCUGCAUCUACGUGUAGCAUAAUAUGCUCAAUGCCAGCAUUUCAGAUCUUCAGGGGAAAUACUAUUCUCUAAUUGGGCCUUGUCAACCACUUCCGAGAAAGAUCCCUGAUUGCGAGUGAGAUUCAGCUAUUUGAUGAUGAAGGGGAGAGGAUGACCCAUAGUGUCUUACAGAGGGUCGGAGUUAAAUAAACUAAAUAUUAUUGUGCACUAAGCUUCCAUCCCCUACUCAGUAUUACUAAAAAUGAUCAGAAAGCCAGACAAACCCGAAAUGUUAAGAUAAUGUUAGAAAAUGACUUACUUUUCCCCAACUUGUAACUCGUCACAUUGAGUUUUACUGCUAAAAGAUAAUGAAAUCAGGGCUCAAUCUCUAUUCCUCCAAGGAGUCAUUCCUGUAUACUAUAAUUAGAAAGAUGUAAUUGAAAACAUUUAUGAUAACCUGCAAUCACAUUUAUAUAUAUAUUUUUGCAUUUGAAAUUUGAUGAAUGCUUUCAGUCAUCAGAGAACCGAACCAUGGUUUAGCGUGGAUGAUUGAGGCUGUUGCAUCUAGUUAGCAGGGAUACCCAGUGGAAUUUGACAUUUUAUUGGGCUAACUGGUAUUUCUGAAGUAAGAGAGGACACGACUCACACACCGUAACAUAAUAAUUUUAUAUUGAUGUAUGUUUUUUUAGAUGAUAGAAAUAAAUUUGUACAUACCUUUUAUAUAUAUAUUGUGGCUUUUAUCACCAUAUGUUUUAGACACAUUUAACAGAAGGGAAAAUUGAAAUUGUAAACAAUAAUAAAAAAAAAAAUGUAUAAGUCCAAUAUUCCAUGUGAGGUGGUGUUAAAUAAAGACAGUUUACAGCAUCCAAAAUCUGGUAUUAUUUCAUGGCAAACGUUUAUUUUUCUUACACACCUCCCAAAUGUCCCUAUUUCAGAAGACAUUUCCUAUUUUAGGCCAAAACCCUGAUGCCCCCCUUUUGCUCUACUAAAGGAGCUCCAUAUUGUUGGUGUAUCUGUGUGUACAACAAAGCUCCACAGCAAUAAUACUCCCAGUAAUGUGCCUGAGUGUAUCACAGAACUCCACAGCAACAAUACUCCCAGUAAUGUGCCUGAGUGUAUCACAGAACUCCACAGCAACAAUACUCCCAGUAAUGUGCCUGAGUGUAUCACAGAACUCCACAGCAACAAUACUCCCAGUAAUGUGUCUUUAAACUACAAUAAAUGUGUUUAGAAAUCAGUCUGUGGAAAUAAGAUACAUUCUUCUUGUUAUAAAUUACAUUUUAGUUCUAUAAAUUAUUAGUCACCUAAAAUUUCUCAGAACACCUCUGGCCACACCCUCUCUAACACCUUUAAAAUGAAAGGGUCCAUUUUUGUCUGUGUGAAAUGUUGGGAGAUGUUAUUAUUAGAACGAAACAUUUAGCAUCAUAAAAUGAUAAUAUAAUGAUUUUUGUUUGUUUGUUUCUUUUUUCCAAUUACCUUUUUAUGCAUAUUAUAAGCAAAAGAAAACAUUAAUUCCCAAUUGAUGAAUGUGUCUUGAAUCUUGUUAAUUUUCUUUAAUUGACGUUUUUCACUUUAGCUCUCUAUAAAUCUCUUCUGAUUUUAUUAACCUUAGCAUAAUUUAAUGAAUUUUCUAAUAAAAAUCACUAAAUGUCAGAAAGUGAGCUGUUUAUAGUGUGGACUACAAAGUGUGACCUUAAGGGCAAGCUGAUUUAUACCAUGACAUACCUUGUUGCCAGCUGAGAUGUUGCCCUUAGCAGCUAAACUGCCAACACUCCACUAAAUGUGCUAUAACUUACCUCGUCCGGCUACAAUUACUCCUGUAAAAAGUUCCAUUUUAGAUCUUGGACUCGGUCAGUAACGAGGAAUUUUACCAUGGAGACAGAAAGACUACAACUCACCUCUCAAUGGCACAGGGAAAAUUCUCAUUAUAUUUAAAUUGUGUUUUGCUCUGGACAUAUUAAAUGAAGUGCAGGCUUUGCAAGGGUUUCAUUUCUUUGAAAAUCGCCACAUUUUCCCAGAACCACUGUGCAUUGUUUGUUAUGCACUAAAUUCCCAUGAUUACUCAAGGCAUAUCACGUUGAGAUUUUAAUGAAUGGUAAUUUGAUUUCAUGCUAAGUUAAUUCUAGCAGGAAAGAGUGUUUGUUUCGAAACAAAAGAUGUAGCCAGUGGGUUAUUCUGUUAUAUUUACUUGGUAUAUUCUUGCAGAGGUGCAAGUUUGAAAUAAGCAGGUACAUGCGCGCGAAAUUCAUGUGAUUGGCUUUUCUCAAGUUGAUGGCUGGCUGUUAAUAAUUUAUGGCUCUUAAUGUACUGACGAGAUUAGGGAAUUAUAAAAUGUCCUCAACUUUUUAAUAAGCAGUUCUUUAAUCCGUUCAAAGCAUUUCUCUUCCUAUACACCCCGCUGUCUUCCAACUUUUUAUUCAAUCCUAAAAACAAAGGCAAAUUAAACUCGAUAAUGCACAAACUAGUUUUUGUUUAUUAAUAACAUGCUUUUUCUUCCUUUUUAAUGACAUUGUAUAAAGGGUAUUUAAUCUAACUGCUGUUAGAAAAAUAUCUAUCAGUCAUGUAAGUGUUAAUAACUCAUUUAUAUCAAAAAAAAAUUCACAUAACCUCUCAAUAUCGUAACAAAGACACUGUGAACCCAAACCUAUUUUUUUUUUUUACAGUGUUCAUUGUCUGCAGUGAUACAGACAGGUAUUACAAGUUUAAUCUCAAAAGGUUUUAAAUAUAGUUGAUGUAAAUUGAGAUAAUUCAUUCAUUAAAGUAAAUUGGCUAAAUUCACUGUGAGCAGGUCUUGUGGUUUCUCAAUCAUGCAUAGGGCAUCAUCUUAUGACAAAAUUAACUGAUUUACAUGCCAUAUCAUUAGCCCACCUCACCCCAUCCAAGAAUAAAACAGAUUGUCAUGGGAUUAGUCUAAAUCUGGGAUACAGGUGUACUGGCCACCUCGUCUUUGCAUAGAGUAUACAUAACACCUCCUGCCUGUAUAAUACAAAUAUUUAAUAAUUUAUAUGUUGUGUAAUAACAUAUGGGCAAUAGGAAAGAGAGCAAGAUCUAACCACAUUAUUAGAAAAAAUGUGUUUAUUACAUUUUAUGUACAUCGUAUUAUAGAAUCUAUUUAUUACUUUCCUGUACAGAUUGUGACAAUUUUAGCCAACAUGUCAAUUUUGGAUCAGUGUGCAUCUGAAAUCGUUCUAGAAAAUGGUGAGUAUGUACAACUGGCAUGAUUUGCUUUCUGAAACUUUUGGUGAGAAUACAUUUUUCCAUUUACUAAGAAACAGUUUACGAAACCGUAACUUGAAGAAACAGUAGAAAAGAAAGUCCUGUUCGAGAUAUUUUUUUGGCUUGAAAUUUGAAAGCUAAUUCUAAGCACCAAAUAAUUCCUCGGAAAAAUAUUGUAUCCUUCUGCCUUUAUAGUAGUAGUAUGCUUUGAGUGUCCGGGCGCUAUUCAGAGUCAAUAAUAAUAAUAGCCAUCUAAUAACUAAUAUUGUUACUUUAGUGAAAAGCCACAGAAAGCAAUCUAUAAAUCAUGCUCUUCCAUAAACCAGUUAUUGGUUAUUAAGGUACACCUGCCAAGCCAAAAAUGAGUCAGUGUCACUUUGAUAAGAAUACGUUCAAAGGGACACUAUAGACACCAGAACACCCACAGCUUAAUGUAGUUGUUCUGAUAAAUACAGCCUGUCCCUGCAGGCUUUUUAAUGUAAAUGCUGCCUUUUCAGAGAAAAGGCCGCGUUUACCAUAAAGGGGAAAAAAGUGUUUGAUCCCCUGCUGAUUUUGAACGUUUGUCCACUGACAAAGAAAUGAUCAGCCUAUAAUCUUAAUGGUAGGUGUAUUUUAACAGUGAGAGACAGAAUAACAAAAAGAAAAAACAGAAAAAUGCAUGCCAAAAAAGUUAUAAAUUGAUUUGUAUGUCAAUGAGUGAAAUAAGUAUUUGUUCCCCUAUCGAUCAGCAAGAUUUUUGGCUCCCAGGUGUCUUUUAUACAGGUAACGAGCUGAGAUUAGGAGCACUCCCUUUAAGAGAGUGCUCCUAAUCUCAGCUCGUUACCUGUAUAAAAGACACCUGUCCACAGAAGCAAUCAAUCAAUCAAUCAGAUUCCAAACUCUCCACCAUGGCCAAGACCAAAGAGCUGUCCAAGGAUGUCAGGGACAAGAUUGUAGACCUACACAAGGCUGGAAUAGGCUACAAGACCAUCACCAAGCAGCUUGGUGACAGGGUGACAACAUUUGGUGCGAUUAUUUGCAAAUGGAAGAAACACAAAAUAACUGUCAGUCUCCCUCAGUCUGGUGCUCCAUGUAAGAUCUCACCUCGUGAAGAUUCAAUCAUCAUGAGAACGUUGAGGAAUCAGCCCAGAACUACACAGGAGAAUCCUGUUAAUGAUUUCACGGCAGCUGGCAUCAUAGUCACCAAGAAAACAACUGGUAACACACUAUGCCAUGAAGGACUGGAAUCCUGCAGCGCCUGCAAGGUUUCCUUGCUCAAGAAAGCACAUAUACAGGCCCGUCUGAAGUUUUCCAAUGUGUUGUGGUCAGAUGAGACCAAAAUCUAGCUAUUUAGCAUCAACUCAACUCGCCGUGUUUGGAGGAGGAGGAAUGCUGCCUUUGACCCCAAUAACACUAACCCCACUGUCAAACAUGGAGGUGGAAACAUUACGCUUUGAGGGUGUUUUUCUGCUAAGGGGACAGGAUAACUGCAACGCAUCAAAGGGACAAUGGAUGGGGACAUGUACCAUCAAAUCUUGGGUGAGAACCUCCUUCCCACAGCCAAGGCAUUGAAAAUGGGUCGUGGAUGGAUAUUGCAGCAUGACAAUGACCCAAAACACACAGCCAAGCCAAAAAAGAUGAGGCUCAAGAAGAAGCACAUUAAGGUCCUGCAGUGGCUUAGACAGGCUCCAGACCGUAAUCCCAUAGAAAAUCUGUGCAGGGAGCUGAAGGUUCGAGUUGCCAAACAUCAGCCUUGAAACCUUAAUGACUUGGAGAGGAACUGCAAAGAGGAGUGCGAUAAAAUCCCUCCUCAGAUGUUUGCAAACCUGGAGUCCAACUACAAGAAACGUCUGAUCUCUGUGAUUGCCGACAAGGGUUUUGCCAACAAGUACUAAGUCAAAGGGGUCAAAUACUUAUUUCACUCAUUGACAUGCAAAUCAAUUUAUAACUUUUUUUCUGGAUUUUUUUUUUGUUAUUCUGUCUCUCACUGUUAAAAUACACCUACCAUUAAAAUUAUAGACUGAUAAAUCAUCAGGGGAUCAAAUGUGUUUUUCCCUUACUGUACAUUACUGCCUAGGAACACCUCCAGUGGCAGUCACUCAGACGGCCAGCACGGUGUUUCGCAGUGCAUGUGCAAUAGCCUCAUAAAGCAUUGAUAAUCUCAGUCAAGGGGGUGGAGCCAACCAAAAUGAGACCCUGUAUGGCGCUGGAAAACGGUGAGUAAAUUACCAUUUUACUGCAGGGAGAGCGGGGUCUGAAACCUAAACGACAAUCUUAGAGCUAUAGUGUCUGGAUUGGAUGUUUGUAUUCCUGACACUAUAGUGUUCCCUUAAUCUAUAGCCUGUGCAGCCACAAUACUAACUGAUGUGGGGAUGAAGAGUUACUUAAUAUUUUAUGGAGUUUGUCCCUAGUGGGCUAUAUGGCUGUUCCAUUAACAUAAAGGCUGAAUAUAAGGGUGUAGCAAAUGGUGAGAGCUGUAACUCUGUCCUUCAAAUGAUGAGGUCACACUGUACAUCUCGUAGUCUGUGCCUGCAUAAGGGCUGGAGAUAUGUUUUCACAAUGGUUCUAUCCAGUCAGGAACACCAUGCUCUGUAUGAAAGAAGUCUAGCGGAGCCAGAGAUCUCACCAACAUAACCUAUAGUUAUAUCUGUACCUACCUAAAAAGAGCAUGAUUUGCGGAAGACAAGUUUACUUGAAUUUUUUUUUUAAAUAAUAUUUUUUAGCAUAUCUUCCUUCUUUUCUAGUGAACACAACCCAUUAUUUUAAUUUGUUACUAUCCCAAUCUAUUAGUGAAGAAUCAGAGACAUAAUUAUUUAUCGCUUUAUUUUGCUCAUGAAAAUAAACAUUUUAUUUCAAAAUACAGCAUCGUAAAAUUCCCAAAGUAAGCUGCCAUUACAGCAAUGAAUGUUCUGUAUUUAGUAACAGGUUGUAAUAUAAUGAAACGGUUUCAGUUUAUUUUAAUGGUGAUUUUCUGAAGGUGUACGGAUUCUGAUUGAGAUGCUAUUUGAGAAGUCAUCUACGGGAAUUUUGGCAGAUAUCUCGGCGUGUGAGCGCGUUCAACAAAAAUCUGCGGUCACACUUGCACGUCUAAGCCGUGAUCCCGAAUUUGCACAGGCGGCAGUAAAGUAUAAUUGUAAGUUCAUGAUGCAUUAUUAAUUUAUUUAACACCUUAUAAAGAGUAAUCUUUGCAUAUGCAAUGAUACACCCGUGUCAUUAACAUCUUUGGAAACACCCGUUAAUGUGUUGCCUUCUUUUCUUCUUUAAAUAUAUUUAUUCAGGAUGAAUUGUAAGUGUUACAGUGAAUGAUAUCAACAAAAUGACUCUAAUUGCUGGGUUUUUACAUUUUAGAUUUACAGAAAACAGUAAAUACCAACAAAACCUACAGUUAAUGAAACAUGUUAGUGUGGGUGUCAUUAUUCGUCGCCCUGUUACCACAGGGUAAAUGUAGGAAAAUGGUCUGCAGUCCACAAAAUCCAACAUAUGGUGAUACCAAAAGACAUUUUCAAAUUUAACCCCUUUACUGCCAAGCAUGCAUUAAAAUUGGAUUUAUUUAAAACAUAAGAUAUAUACUUUGCAUAUACAUUAAGCAUGACACUGAAAUAUUGUACACAAACUAGUGCUCAGGGAUACGUAAAAGAUCCAAUUAUGUAAAUGUACAUAAUUUUAACUAAAAAAGAAUUAAUUAAUCGGGUAAUGUCUUAUCCUAGCAUGUUUGCGAUUGCAUAAAAAUUGAUGCAAGAUACAUUUAAAGAAAACUAUAAUGCCAGGAAAACAAACUCGUUUUCCUGGCACUAUAGCUUACCCUUCUGUCAAGUGCUCCCCCCUCCCCUCUCGUAGUGCAAAAUGGGUUAAUAAGCCCUUCUGUCACUUACCUGGGUCCAGUGCCGAUGUUCCUCGGCACUGGUUUGGUCAGGCUUCACUCCUCCACCGCCGACGUCAGCCAGCGGGGGAGACCUAAUGCACAUGCGCGGCAAUGGCUGUGCUCGCAUAAGGAUUUCCCCAUAGGAAAGCAUUAUUCAAUGCUUACUACGGCGAUACUGGUGACGCUGCAAGUCCUCAUGCAGAUCGUGAGGAGGUCCAGUGUCAUUUAAGCGACCAAAAGUCACCUUAAAAUCCGGAAGUGCCUCUAGUGGCUGUCUGUUAGACAGCCACUAGAGGAGGAGUUAACCCUAGCAGGUAAUUAUUGCAGUUUCUAAAAACUGCAAUAAUCACAUGCUCAGAGUUAAGGGUGAUGGGACACUGCAUCCAGACCCCUUCAAUGAGCUGAAGUGGUCUAGGUGCUUACAGUGUCCCUUUAAAGGAACAGCGCACACAGAAAACUAAAUAUACUGUUUACAAUUUUACAAGGCUACUUCAAAUCACCUAUCUGAGCAAACAUAUAGGGGGAUUCAGUUCCAUCAUAUGGCCAUAUUGUGUUAAGUCCACCACUCCGACACAGUACCCCAAUAUCGGAGGGUCCUACACUAAUUUUAACACGGGAGAUUUACAUGCUAACUUGCAAUACUUACAGCUCCAACUGCUUCCAGAAACUCUGGAAAUGUAUGCUUUCCUGUGGGAACUGUAUUUUGUAAAUAUCCCAAUAAUGGUGCAGGUUAAAGGAGUAUAAUGGCAAUUAGAGUGGGUGGUUCUAGUAAUUCAGAGCUGAUAAUAGAGAUAAUAGAUAAUUUCACAAGACCUGGGGCAAGUAAGACAUACAUUUCUGUAAACUAGUAGAAUAAUUAGAUAGAACUCAAUACUCAACCUUUGUCUUUAUCCCCAUCAAAGCAGAACUGGUUUAACCUUAAAUCCCAGGCUGUGUGGGGCUGCGAACAUCCACUGCAGUUCCAACAAUGAAUUGCAGACAUGAUACAGAGAAAAGAGAAGAAGGUUAAUAUAGUGUAGUAGUGUGAAUUGCAGUUGGGCUGAUGAACAAUGUAAUUUCUUUCUCCAGGCAUUCCGCGUCUUAUCGAGCUUUGCCGAUGUCCAGAUGAGAGACACAGCAGUGAGGCCGUGCUUGUAGCUUGUCUGGUAGGUUUGUUCUUAACUUUCCCCAUUUAUUUUCAGGUAAAACUUUUUCAUGAACACAUUUUCUACAAAGUUAAAGUAUCAUGAUUUUUAGCAUAAUUUAAUUAUUUGUCAUAGUUUGGCUAAAAUAUAUUUUAUUUCGUUAUACGCAGUGUGUCCUACAUAUUGUAUAUUAUUUUAUUUUUAAAAGUGUGCACUAUUGCAUAAAUGUGUGGAAUAUUUUAAAUAUAUAUAUAUAUAUAUAUAUAUAUAUAUAUAUAUAUAUUAUACUUCCUGUCAGUAUUAUUAGAAUUUUAUACAACUACUUCUGAGCAACUUGAUUGAUGGCUGAGGAUAGCCUGAAGUCAGCCAACUGUCAAGUCCCAUGUUCAGAAAAUUAGCUAAUUUUCUGACUGGGCCUUAAACAUCCAUAAAUAAUUUAUAUAAUUCCCUUCUGUGGCGGACCGUCUGGUACCCCGAAUAGGUACCUCCACCAAGCACACUCCCUAGCUAUUGCCAGGACACCAGCAGCACUCCAGCCCCUUGCCGCUGCAGCUUGGCCGGGGUCUCGCCGUCCCUUCCCACCAUGGAACAAGGUACUGGAUCCAGCUUCUAGUGAUUAAAGCUCUCCUGCAGAGAGCAUAGCUGUAUAGCUGAUACACCCAAACACUAGUCGAGACUGAGUGAAGGGUGUAUAGGAGCUGGUUUAUUAUGGCCAAGUUUCCUGCUUUUAUACAUAGCCCCCAGCAUGGGGUCUCCAUGAAAUGCAAGACAAGCCCCUCCCAUAAAUCUCUGUGCCUGGGAGUGUCACGUAUUCAUCCGCUUAUAAAAAUGGGGUUAAUGGCAUUUACUGUCCACACGGGGAAAAGUUGUGCCGAGCAGCAACCAGAUCCAAAGAAGGGUUAAUGCUGAGCAGCUUUAUGCAAAUGGGAACCUGGUAACUGCCUUUGGGGUCAAAGGCCGGUUGCAGCCUAUCAGAUCUAAAGGAAGGGUAUUUAGGCCCAGUUCUCAUCCUGCUCAAUGCGCUGUCAUGGUUUCCCUUGUGGUUGUCCGAGAGCGCGUUAUUGCUUCUGGUUUUUCUGGUUAUUUGACUUUGGCGUUGUUUUUGACUUCCCUGUGUUCUGGCAUCCCUGACUCCUGGCUUUUCCUUAUCGUUGUGUCUCUUUCUGUAUCCCUUGACCUCGGCUAUUCUUGACUAUUCUUUGGUACGUUAGUCCGGCCAUUCUAAGGUCCGGUAAACGUUACCUAUCAGUCCUUUGUGUUACACAAUUCUACGUGCUGGAUCAUUCUGUAAUCCUGACAGGGAGAUAAUUGCGUUAAAGACCGGUAAGCUAAUUAUCUCCGAGGAACAGAGAGGCAAACACAAAAUAUAAAAACAUAAAAGUACCCCAAAAAAUAAUAAAUCAUAAAAUAACCCUUCAAACAUCCCCAAAUAGCCCUGAUCUGAGCGCCCAUGUUCUCCAAAUAGCGCUCAAAUCUAUGCAGUGUAGGGGAAACGCCACUGUGUUAAAGUUCUGACUGAUCGCACACAUGGUCCUAUGCCCAAAACAGUUCAGGGCGUUUGGUGCUUUGGCCGGUCAACUACUGUGUCCGAAAUAUAGGGUGUCUCAGGCACCUUCUCUCCAAAAAGCGAAGUCGUUCAAAACCCCAGAUCAAGUUGUCCGGGAACCGCACGGUCACCUCAUGCCGAAAACAGUUCCUUUUUCCAGUUCCAAUUUAGUUCUAUAACGAUCGUGGCUAAGUACCGCUGAGGACAAUUCAUUGGUUUCCUCAUGCAAAUGAUCGCCAGGGAGCUAGUGUUCGGUUCCAUUCGAAUGAAGGGAAAGGGCCAAACAAGGAGCACUGCUAGUGGCUGCUAAUAACUCCUGAACAGGACAUUUGGAUACGGCCCAUAGUCCUUGGGCAGGAGGCUAGCUAGCAGGCUCCUCCAGGAGCACGAGGCAAUGGCACGUUUGCCACACCUUCUCUGCAUUAGCUUGCCUAUGGCAGCAUAUAUUGUAAAUAUAGAUCAGCAACAUAUUAUCAGAUCACGAAAUAUUAUCAGAUCUAAAUUAUGGCAUACCUUUAAAACUAUAUGGACUCUCUAUUGAGAAAAUUAUAAAUGUCUGGGUUGUGUCUAUGUUGGUAGGCAAAAAAAAUAAAUAUGUUAUUUAAAAUUCCAUUUAUAAGGAGCUAUCAUGUACUAGAGAGGUUUGCUAUAGGGAAUGAUGGCUGAUGGUGGCUGCUUCCUUGCUUCAGACACUGACCGUGUAAUGCAAAGCAGCCCAGCACAUAGGCAAAUUAUGACAUUAGGCUACAGUCAGUUUGGAAUAUCCACUUCCCACCCAUGUUCUCAGAGUGCUACAGUAUGCAAAGGAAUGUUACCACAAAUACACGGGCUUGGGAGGGUAGGGACUGUUUUCUAGAAAUCAGUCAUGGCAUGCUUACUUAUUUGUACACUCCAAUAGAAAUGUCUGCUAUCAGAUCAUCGUAGUAAACAUAAUGCAUUAUACAUAAUACAGAUACAAUCUAACAUAACAAAAAUACAAUGCAAUUUAAAAAAAUAUUUUAUGGGUUCUUGUUGUCUCAGGCCGCACUGAGAAGACUGGCAACCACUCAGCCCGAAGGCCUUGAAGAUUCCGACUUUGAGCAGUUGGUGAAACCGCGGCUUGUGGACUCGUUCCUGCUCUGCUCCAACAUGGAAGAAAGCUUUGUAUAGCAACUAAAAACAUGUUGUCAAUGAGAUAAUGUUGUAACAACAUUCAUUUAUAGGAAAUAUUUUUAAUUUAUAGCCAUAUUUAUCAAAAGGAAACACUGGUACACAUGAGGAAAAUCAUUCCUUGUUUAUCAAAGAAAAGCAAUUGUUUUAUUAAGUUCUGACAGUGGUUUUUACAAAAGAUUACCUAGAUUUUUUUAAAAUUAUACGGUUUAGUGCAAAGCUAAAUAAAUUUUAUAUCUCCGAGUGCCAGCAACAUCUCAGAAUUUUGUGAAAUAUAUUUUUUAAUGGAAUUUCUGGUUUUGUGGGUUUUUUUUUUUUUAUUAUCUCUGACCAAAGUUGUAACUAUGCAG